CAUGACGGCACUCCGGGAGGACAUGCGCAGUAGGGGUCUGGGUUUUAAUACUCGUGUGUGCGCUGAGAAGUGCCCAGUAAAGGCCGGUAAACAAGACGGGAUGAGGGAUCAGCAAGGCUCGUCUCCGAACUGCUGAGUGACCCGGACAUUGCCCAAAGCUCCCCCUGGCAGCAGCAGCCAUGAACCUGGCCAGUCAGAGCGUGGAGGCCGGAGCCUCGCAGCUGCUCUUUGCCAACUUCAACCAGGACAACACGUACGUGAGGCCUAGGGCUUACCUGGAUGGGUAGCCAGCCGGCACAGAGACCAGGGCAGCGGGGCUAGUGGUAGCCCACCACAUAUUACUGAACCACAUUUACCAGUUAUGGCUGGCUGAGCACAAUGGCAAGUGGAGUUCAGAAACAUGUGUGGCUAGUGGUAGCCUAUCACUGGGCUAGUUACUGGGAAGGCUAGUUAAGGACCUUUUGGUAUUAGUGGGGAUAAGUUAGUAUGGAGGAGCCUGUGGCUUUGUUUGGAUGGCGCAUGUAAACAAGUGCAGACUUCCAACCCUCAGUGAUCUUUAGAGCAAGUUUUCUUAUUUUAAUGUUUGUCAAAUGUAGAUUGCAUUACACUUAUUCAAUAACAUGUUUAAUUUCCUGUUUACUUAUUUGUACCUGUUCAUUUGUAAUAAUAAAGCAACGUUCACAAAAGUGUUUUUUUUAUUUUUUAUUAUGAUUUCUCCCUGUGUGUAUUAUGAUUUAUCCCUGUGUUACCAGAGACAUAUGAUUUGUAUUUAAGAAUAAAACUGAAUUUGUUCAUCUUAAAGAGAUACGGUCAUGUAAAUUAUACUUUUUUUUUUUUUUAUAUCUCAAAGAAACACUUAAAAAUUAUAAACAAAAGAAACAGUCCCUUUUGGGCUCAAAUGUCUCUGUCCCUCUUUUCUUUGAGCUCUCUAUUAAUGCUGCUGUGUUUGUGUUUUAACAGAGCUGCCCGGCAAUAAUACUCAUAGUAAUGUGCCUUUAAACUAUAAUAAAUAUGUUUAGAAAUUGGUCUCUUUUUAAAUAAGAUCCUUUUUGUUUUUCUUCUAAAUUACAUUUCAGUUGUAUAAAUUAUUAGGUCACCUAAAACGUCUCGGAACAUCCUGCCCCUGGCUACACCCUCAACCAAAAGAUGAAAGUGUUCCUCUUUGUCUAUUUGAAAUGUUGGGAGGUAUGGGCCAGCCUACUGUGUGAUCAGCACACAUGGAUGAUAAGUGUCCAAUCUGAUGCUUCUCAUAGAGAAGCAUUGGGCACGCAGCGAUUCCUCAUCUGUUGCCAUGAUAUGCCGAUCCAUUAAUUAUGAAAUAUUUUACCAGGAAGGAUACACUGCGAUGUUUCUUGUUUUCAUGUGUUAUACAGAAGCAUUGCAGAUACGCACGUCCUGCAUACCUUGCCUGCUGAUGCUCAGUGUAAAAUUGAUUGUUAUUAAAUAUAUUUUAAUAUGAAGCCUCUAGUUCCUGUCUAAAUGACUGGCAUCCGGUUCCACGGGAUGGUAAAAGGGAAUUGAUGGUCUGGUCUUUGUCCCUGCUUUAGCUAAUAAACGCCCAUAACUUAAUACCAGGGAGAAAGGAACAUUUUACCAGGCAGUACUGCAGCUUCCAGGGUGCAGAGAAGGUGGUGACUAGCACACGGUAAACCCCAGUUAACUUGUCAAACAGUUCUUUAGCGGUUUCACGACUUACACUUGGAGAGCACCAGUGCCUGACUGGUUAGGAAAGUGACUGUGCCUUUAACAGGACUGCCUAAAGGUUAGAUCCCCAGAUGUUUGAGAACUAUAAUUUCCAUCAUGCUGUGCUCUCUCUAAAGGCAUCAUGGCUUUUGUAGUUCUCGAUUGUUUAUGGCUCUACCUUUUAUAUUGCACCACCUGACGUAGAUUAACCUUAGGAAGGGAUGGGGCCUUACCUAAAUAUUUAACCCCUUAAGGACACAUGACGGAAAUAUUCCGUAAUUCCCUUUUAUUUUAGAAGUUGUGUCCUUAAGGGGUUAAGUAUUGGUUCAAGCCUUUGUGUGUUUUGCGCACAUAAGCUUUUAUCAAUACACAAGUAUUUUUGCCUGGCGACUUAUGAUGCUGACACCCUUCCAAGCAUUUGGAUUUCAACAGUCAGGAUUUUAUGUUCUGUUGUGUGCAUGGUUAAACCUCGUUAGCACUUUGUAGCUGUUCCCCAGGUUGAAGCAAUGUGCUUAGUUAUAAUGUUAAGGGAUGUGUCUGUGCCUAGAUAUGAACUUGGGGGAGAAACAUGAACAUGACAUAAAGUUCUGAAUACUGUCUGUUGUGUUUUGUUUACAGGUCACUUGCUGUUGGGAGCAAAUCUGGAUUCAAGUUUUUCACGCUUUCAUCUGUGGACAAACUUGAACAGAUAUACGAAUGCAGUAAGUUCUUGUGAAUAAUCAUAACUGUAAAGUAAAUUAUUGAUAGAACAAUCAUUUAAAAGGACACCCAAAGUCUCAAAAAUACUGUAGCUUAUUGUAGUGCUUACCUGUAUUAGUUUGCUGCUGAAAGAGUUAACCAUUCCGUGGCUGAAUUCUGCUUACUCAUACAAAUAUUUUGGGCACUUAAUAAUGAGGAAGGUGAAACACUUCCUCAGAAAAUAUAUAUAUAUAUUUUUUUUUUUUCUCAAGCUGCCUUCAAACAUAGUCUUUGGACCAUAUCCACAGCACUAAGCUGUAGUGAUUACAGGUUAUCGUUUAAUGUUAGAUUUGCUUGUAGCAUGAGAUUCCAUUGUGAAUAACUUACAACUUGCAAUAGGAUUUUACAUGGAACUACAUUUCGUAAUCCUCUCCAGAGAUGUUUUGUCUUCUAAUUCAUUGGUGGUGAAGGGUGGACACACAGACAUUUUUUUUUUCUUCUAAUUGUACCUUUAACUUUAACCCCUUAAGGACACAACUUCUAAAAUAAAUAGGAAUUAUGACGGAAUAUUUCCAUCAUGUGUCCUUAAGGGGUUAAGGAAUGGAUUUGGACAAUUGGGUAUAAUAUAUUUAUAUUGUGAAAGGGUAUUAGCAUAAGUAGAUCCUAAUAAGGCAAAAUAAACUUACAUUUUCAACUGGGAAUGGCUCCUAUUAAUCUCAUGUGAAAACAUACUAACAGUGCUACUGUUGGUCAUAAUUGCACAUGCCUGGUGUUUUCCUGACACAUCAGUGUUGCUCACUUAGUCCUACUAGCAAGGAACUUUAAUAGGGCAAGAGUAGUUGUAGCAAUAGGUGGAAAUCCAUUCUAUUUGCGAACUAACUUAAAGUGUGAAAUUGCCUUCAAUUUGUAUGCUGGUAAAAGAAAUAGUUUGGUGUGCCCCCUAUUGAAUAAUAUGAAUCAUCUUCUACUGCAUAAGAUUAUUAAUUCGAUAUUAUGGAGACAAUUUUCCUUAGUAAGCCUUGCACAUCAUUGGCCAACAUAAAUAUGUGCAUUUAAUUUAGGGUUAGGACGUCUAGCGUAAGAUAACAGACCAAAAGUCCGUUACGAUUCACCUCAUGUAAAGGUGUACUUAUUUUGUUUUUGUAGUACCAAUCACAACUAAAGCGUUUAGAGAAGGGGACUCAAACUACCAACUUUUGAGACCACCAACUCCCCUCGGAUGUAAGAGGGGAGGCAGUUAUCAUUUAAAUUACCUGUUUGCCUGUUUAGACACUUGACACCAGGCAACCAUUGACAGAUAAAAUACAGAAAAAAGAUAAAAUAAAACAGAACUAAUAAGAAAUACUAGAUAACCUUAUACAGAUAUAUGUAUACAAAAUAUUGAGAUAUAACCAUAUUAAAGAGUCCCUGCAGAAAAAGUAUUUUUUGGAGAUAAGAACCUUUUGUAGGUAGUGCUUUGUUGGAGAUCAGUCUGUUAUCCUGCUUAUCUGUUUAAGAUCAUCUAGUAUUUCUUAUUUGGCAGAGUCUGUUUUUUUUUCUGUAUUUUUUUUCCAUGUUCCUCUUGGGUUAGGGUAUCCAAGUAACAGACCUUUUUCUGCUGCCUUUGGAGUUAGUGCUGUAUCUUCCCUUCUUUUUAUUCCAGUUGUAACCAUUGAAAAAUGUCUAUUGUCUCCCUCAGACCAACAACAUGGCCCUCCAAAAAAUUUCAUAAGUGUGUGCAAAGUAUUUUUUUUUUCUUUCUUUCUAAAAUUUAUAUAUAUAUAUAUAUAUAUAUAUAUAUUUUAUAUAUUGUCUUUUGGUACUAACAUGUGUUGCCAUCAUGGGAAGGAAUCUGUCUACCCCCUAGUUGGAGUAAAAUUGAGGUAGUUGGAGUUCCAUCGCCUGGUUUCCUGAUGCUUUUAGAAUUGUAUUUUGGCAGAGAAAUCUAAUUACCUCAUAGUCUUUUUGAAAGUAUUUGUCUUUGGCCCACAUUAUUUGGAUGUAGAGUUCUUGUUAAUGUGAUGAAUUGGUCCCUAGCUAGCCUGCCUGAUAUUUGGAUAAAACUUAAUCACAGAAUUUAUUUCCAGAACAAUUUAUGUUCAAUUAUUUUUCUGCUAAAGAGAAAUCAUACAGAACUAGUGAUAAUGUAGUCAGACAUGCUUUAGUAUUUUAGUCCUUUUCUGAUAAUGCAUUCCUCUUUUUCUAGAACCUAGUUUAAUUUUUUUUUUUUUUAAAGGAAUAUUCCAAACACCAUAACCAUGUAAUUAUUAUUGUGCCAUGAGUGCCCGGAUUCCCCCUACUUGAAAGUGGUAAAAUCAUUUUAGAACUGUUAGAUUUCUUAGCCGGUAUGUCGCCAGUUACACUACCUCAACCUGAGAGCCGAAAUCUCUAGUUUAGGAGUUUUUAUUGGCUCUUCUGAUCCCUGCACUGCUUAGCAUAACUCAGAUUGUAAUAUAUUUUUAAUUCAAUAUAUAUUUUAUAUAUUGAAUUUUAAUCUAUAAUUAUUUAUGUAAAACACUUUUGUUAGACCCUUCCCAGUGACAGAGGGGUCGGCACUACACAUAGUAAGGGAACACUGUUGCAGUAAAAACAUGUACUUACAGCGGUCAUCUGGGUCCUAACUUAUAAUAAUUGCCUCAUCAAAACAUUGGGGAAUCGGGGGCGGAGCCUGACUGCCAAACUGAGCAGACGUGUGCCACGAGAGCUCCUGCGUUUGCUACCGAUGACCCAGGGAUAUUCCCGACCCGAACGACUUUACAAGCACAGCCUAGAGUUACUCUUGCAGAGGGGGCUUUGGUGAUCCAGGGGACACCUCACUCAAAUGUUUCUGCAACUGACUGCCCAAAUUGAUGCCAUGAGAUCUACAUACAAGGGAGCUUGGAAAAGGCGGCCGCUCUACCUGCUCCCCAGCUGGCUUCUAAGAAACAGAAUUGUGCAAUCCCCCUUCCCCCCCCUUUGGACUGGCAGCGGUUAUCCCGGUCCCUAUUGGGUUGCCUCAUGCAGUUCCUAGCACACAAGGGGAAGACUCGCAAGCUACAGAACUCCUCAAGAUGGCGGACGGGCCUUUUACAGCGACCCAGGCAUCCAAAGUACCACUUGACUCCACUAGCCGCUCCCUGCUGGCAAUGGAAGCAAUAUUUGCCAUCUUCCGAGCACGAAUGGAGGAACGAUCAGCAGCUUCUGCUCGUCUGCCUAUGGGCGGCCAAAACACACAUGGGCCCCCGUCUAGCGAAGCUACCCGCCAUGCUCAGGUCCCUCUCGUCAAGCAACCCCCCCCCAUCCCUCACAGAUUGAGGGCUAAACAGGGGUUGAACCUACCUAAUCGCCCACAUUAAAUAUUUGCACCACAAAAAUAAAGAAUUUUUAAAAAAAAUUACCAAACAUUGGGGAAUUCUCUGCUCUAGCAGAUCUCGAGUUAAAACUGCUCAAGUAGGUAUAUUCAACCAGUCAGUCCAUGGAAAUUGAUUUUCCUUCCUUUUGUCUGUAAUUAUGAUUAUCUAUGCUAUCACUAUGUGUGAUAGGCAUGUAAAUAAGAUGCAUUCACAAACACAUUUGGAUAAAAGUAAUGCAAAAGAUGUUACUCAUCUUGAAGAUGUUUUUAUAAACUUACAUCUGCAAACAAAUCACAACUGUGCAGGGAAAAUCUGCAGUCAUUGUGACUUCUUUAAAUUUAACUUCUCUAUGUAAUCUGGUUCCAGCAUACACAAUGUCCAAGGAAACACUUAAAAGACCAAUUAAGUUACAUAGUAGUUUAGGUUGUCAAGAGACUAAAGUCCAUCAAGUUCAACCCAUUAUUUUAUGCCGUUGUUCCAAAAGAUUGUAGCCAUUUUCAAUUAUGCCACAAAACAUGAAAACAAUUCCUUCUUGAAUCCAUAUGCCAAACAGAUUUCUCCCUAGAUCAGCAACCUGUUUACAUACAUAUCAAUUAUAUCCUUGAAUAUUUUGUUUUUGCAAAAAAUCAUCCCAAACCUUUUAACAAAUAUCUACAGAAUCUGAUAAGAAAACCUCUUUAGGUAGAAAAAACCCACACAUCCUUAUUGUGGUUACUUUCCUCCGCUGUAAGCGAAUACACAUAUGUUCCAUACUCAAUGGAUGGUAUCUUUUCUGUUAUAUACAAUGACCAGUCCCUAGUCUGGGUGCAGUGUACCUGACUUUGUAAUCAUGCAGUCUAGAACAUUGCAGUUUUUAAGAAAAACUGCUAAAGCUUUUGAAUGAGACAGUUGUUUCAAAGUGAUGCAUGUAUCUUUAACUCAAAACUGACCAAUGAGUGAUUGUUUUGAGAACUAAGUGUUAUGACACAGCAUGGAACCUAUAACCGUGUUAUAGUAUGAGUCAUCUCCCAUUUCCAUGUAUCAACUAAUAAUAAGACUCCUAUUUAUUUUUUUUGUAUGUGUCAUCAAGUUGGCCACUGUUUUUUUUUUUGGUUACUGAUUUGUUGAUCACUGAUUUUUCCAUUGAUGAGCUUUAAGUUAUGUAACGAAGUAAGAUGACAGAAAACUGAAACUAAUUGGUCACUUUCAAAUCAAUGUAAAAUAACUUUGUGUGAAGAAGACUACACUUAUAGGGAAAUGUAACCAAAGGAGGUAUUUUUUAAAGGGACACUGUAGGCACCCAGACCAUUUCAUUUCAUUAAAGUGGUCUGGGUGCUGUCCUUUUUGUACCUAGUGCUGCACUAUUAAACAUUGCAGUUCCAGAAAACUGCAGUGUUUACAUAUCAGCACUAAGUCUGCCCUCAGUGACUGUCCAUCAGACAGCCACUGGGGGCGCUUCCGGAAUCGUAACAGACUUUUGGUCUGUUAUCUUACGCUAGACGUCCUAACCCUCUGCAUGAGGACCUCCAGCGUCAGAUUUUCCCCAUGGGAAAGCAUUGAUUCAGUGGCAUUUGCUGAGCAUGCGCAUUAGACCCCGCUUGUCGCAGGACAGAGGAGGUGACGGAGCUUCGACCCAGCACCGAGGGACUUCUGCACUGGGAUCAGGUAAGUAAAGGAUUUUUAACCCUUUGUUUACCACGUAGAAGGGGGCGCGACGGAGGAGGGAGGCAGAGAGAUCAAUAGUGCCAGGAAUACAGCUUUAACUGUGCAUGAGGUAUCUACAGACUCGGUCUAUUCAAAACCAAACUGGUAAAGGCAGGAAAAGAUGUAUAGCAGCAUGUAGUAAUAGAAAAAGUUUAAAAAAAAAUAAAAACGGGUGCGGGGCCUGACUGCCAUGCCGAACAGUCGCAUGAAACAGCUCCUGCAAUCAGGUGGACUUUAAGCUAUUAAAAGCUGACCUGGUACCUUCCUGAAGACCAGAGGCCGUGGUCCGGUACGUGAGGGGGGCACUGGAUCUGACGAGAGGCUUUCAGUCCUUGUUUUAGUCCCUCAGACAGACACAUGUCGUCCGCACAGGAUGAGACCUACUCAGGCGGUGAGCGGGGUAGACAGCCGCUGCCCUGCUAUCCCGUCCGACAGUGUCACGCCAGACUCCCACAAGCUUGUGGAUCUGGUCCCGUCUCACCUCCCCUUGGGCCGGUGAGGGUUAUCCCGGUCCAUGCCCUGAAGCCCCUGCAGCAACAGCGACCCUGCAGCAACGAAACUUCACCACACUGUUGAAGAGACCCAGAGUCACACAUAAAUUGGCGGCAAACCCGACUCCAAAAGCCCAUACCCUGGGGCAAACUAACUCUCCCUCCUGGCUGGCUAAACUUCCCCAAGAACCCUGGCAGAGGUUGAAGACAAGGUUGGGGAAGCCAAAUCAGCUGGGGCUCUGUGCACUGCUGCCCCAGUACUCGUCCGACCAGAACCGUCAUGAAUCUGGACCUACAGACAGCAAAGAUGGCAACAUCGGCAGACCGGCGAACGCGGCUUAGAAGCAGCCCACACCACUCCCCCCUAAAUAACUUGCCUUCGGGCCAGUCCAGCACUGGACGACACUUCAAGGAGGAAUCCCAGCCUGCUACGCCUCUGCAACCGGGCCACGGCGCCUGAAGACAACCUGACCACAAGGGGGUAACGACUUACACGAACGCUCCAUACUGCAGCAAGAAUCCAUAGUCAAUGCAGCUUACAGCUGGAAGGGGACACCUGAUGCAAGCUCCUGAGAUGGCAGAGAUAUCUGCUACCACCAUGCUGUAUCAUCUAAUAUCACUUAGAGUUUUAACCUUAACUUUGGGCCCUCUCCUAUCGACAUUUGAUUUCUCUUAUUAAUACUUGCCUUCCUAAUUAAUUCUUGACUAACCCAAGGCGCAGGGUUACUCUGCUUAUCACAUAGCCGAUGGGGUCUCUGGGGCAAAAUAUUCUUAUGUAACUUUAUCAUAACUAACCUAAUGCCUAAUGGUAAUCUAUGAGCCUGCCUGAGGUUUUCUUUUCCUCUGUCUCUUGAAUCUUAUAAACCUGUCUUACGUUCGGGCAGGCCCUCUAGGCAUGUAUACAUAUUAAUACAAAAAGUGCAGAUUAUGUAAACCUCUUUAAGACUAAUUGUGCUGUUUCCAUACGACAUGUCAUUUAUACAACAGUGUGUAAUUCCCUGCACUACAAAAAUAAAAAAUGUAAAAAAAAUAACUGUUUAAGAGACAGAAGAAAAUUAUCUGAGUAAAAAUGCUUUUUACAAAAAAUUCUUUUUUUUUUUUUCUUCUUCAAUGAGGUUUUAAGGGGAAUGCGAGGACUGUUAAAUACAGACUAAAAUUCCAAGGGGAAAAACCAUUCUAUCUCUACCAAACAAAGAAGGAAGAGAUUACAAUGGGCUGAAAACCUUUUUAACUGGUCUGAGGAACAAUGAGACAGAAUGAUCUGGAGUGAUGAGACCAGAAUAUGAUUGAUAGUGAUGGAAUAAAGUUUGUAAGAAAAUAUUUGCUGUCUGAAUGCAUUAUAGCUACCAACUACAGUUGGCGUCAUGAUCUGGGGUUUAAUGACAGGAAAGGAGUGCAUAGAUUUCCUGGGAUUUUUGUGUUCUCUAAAUUGCCAAAAAUAUAUCAAUGAUAUGCUUGAGCCAAAACUGAAGCCUCUGGCAUGUGAUCAUUUCCACCAUAAUAAAGUCAUAUUUCAUCAAGAUUCAGUUCCUUGUCUUGAUGCUGCUGUUUUUAAAAAAAAAAAGUGGUUUCAGAAAAAUCUGUUUACAUGUUAGAAUGGCCAGAUAUUAGCCCUGACCUAAAUCCAACGGAAAAUCUGUUGAGCUAAUUACAUCAACUUGUUAGUAGCAACCAAGGAAUUAAAUACAAGUGAUAGAAACUAUCAUGCAAUCUUGGUUUCACAUUAUAACACCCGAUUAAUAAAUUUGUUCACUCCAUGGAAUGUUGAUGUAAGGAUAUGAUUGUGGGAAAAGGGUUGCCAACUCCGUACUAACAGAAAUGGUUAUGAAUUAUGCUUUACUAUAAUUUUUGUUGCUAUAUUAUGUAUAUAGCUUCUCUUAAAAAUUCAUUUAUUUAAUAAGGCAUGUUGUAUUACUUUCUGCAUUAAAUUAUGUAAUAUCAUUUUAGGGUAUUCGAAACAUUUUGGGCACUAGUGCUAUAAAUAUUACAUUUAAAGUAUUACAAUUUACCUUCUAUGCUAAAGUCAAUGCUUUCCUAUGGGGAAGGCUUAAUGGGCAUGUGGCACUUGACCCGCAUGCACAUUAGGUAUCCCCAUCGUCUGAUAUUGGCAGUGGAGGAGUGCGACCCAGCGCUGAGGGAUAUUGGCAUUUUAAUUAGAUAAGUGACUGAAAGGGCUUUUCAUGUACGGAUGGGGCCGCGCGGGCAGAAGGAAACUUUAGUGUUAGGAAUACAUCUUUGUUUUCUUAACACUAAAGUGUUCCUUUAAUCAUAUAAUAAAACAACCUACCAUAUAAAAGGAAAUGGUAAUUAAAACAACAUUUUAUUUAACACUGUACAAUGGAAUGUCCCAUUGUACAGUGCUACAGAAUUUGCUGGCGCUAUAUAAAUAAUGACAUAAUAUAUGAAUCCGAAAUAUAUGUUGACUGUUAAACGACUCCAGUAACCCAAAAUUGCUUCUAACUCCAAGAAAAUAGAAAUUGACCUUAUAAAUCAAUGUUGUGAUAACUCCCUGGGAGAGCUGGGAAGUUUUUCUUUCCAGGAUACUGGUUUUGGGCGCAAGUGCUUCAAGCUGUAGUGAAGUGAAGUUAUCUUACCUUUUAGGAUCGCUUGUUCAUCCUUAUCGUUGCACUGCUUCUGGAGGGAAAAGACAGCAUUUUUACCAUACCUUUCAUUUUCCUUAAGAUUUGAGGCAGUGCACCUAUAAUUCUCCCCCAUAUUUAACAAAGUACUUAUUUUUGCAUGAGUUUGGCUAGUGACUUUCUGGGGGAUUGUGGAUGUAUGGUGACUUUUAUAGUAAGAAGGAAGAUGGGGUUGGGGUCUUAACCUUUUAAAAGUUAUUUCAUACAAUUCUGCCUGCCUAUUUUGCCACAAGAAAUGGCAACAUCCGUUUUUGUGCCCUACUCUAAAGGAAAAAUAAACUUACUGUAAGUAAAAUGUUGUCUCUCAGCCCAUCCUCAAUGACCAUCCCAUACUCUUUACAUUUAUUUAUUUUUUAAUAUUGUGUAAUCUUUGGUUUGUUCCCUCUGUGCUACACCCCUGGUUCCCAUGUUACUUUAGCACAAUGUCUGUCUUGGUUAGCCCCAGUUUAUGUUCUGUGCAUUCACCCAACUCAGUCCUUUGUAAAGUCAAUGGCAACACUUCCCAGAAAUUGUUACCAAGCCAUUAUAAGCCAAUUCUUUAUUUGUGUUAUUUGUCUGAUUGUGCGUUUUUCUUUUUUUUCAUCAUAAAAAUGUUUUUUUUUUAGACAGCCAUAUUGAUUUGUUAAUUUAACACAUUUUACAUCCCAAAUGGGACUAUGUAUACAUAAUUAUAAUAAACAGAAAAAAAAUACUGGUAGAUCUCUAAGCAAAAAUAAUCAUAACUGCAUUAAAUAUAUUAGUAAAAUAUUUAAAGAGUGUUUUGGCUGACUAGAAAGCCACAUUUCAAAUUAAUUGACCUCUGUUAUCUUUUUAUAUUAUAAUAAAUGUUGAUUUUUAAAUAUUUUCUUUUGUUCUGUCUCCUAACCAAGCUGACACUGAAGAUAUCUGUAUUGUGGAACGGCUCUUCUCCAGCAGUUUAGUUGCUAUUGUCAGCCUCAAAGCCCCUCGCAAGCUGAAAGUUUGUCAUUUUAAGAAGGGGACAGAGAUCUGCAACUACAGCUACUCCAACACAAUUUUGGCAGUGAAAUUGAACCGUCAGGUGAGCCAUCGGUAGAAUCUGAAGGGCAGACACUGGAACAGACCUCUUUUAGCUCAUCGUAUGUACUUUAAAGGGAAAUGUAUAACUUUGAGACAACGUUCUUGUUGAAAAGCUUUUAAAAAAAAUAUAUUUAUAUUUUGUUACCUUCAUAUUAAAAUGCUCAUCCUUCUUAUGCUUUUCACAAUUACUCCAGGAGGGAUCCCUGAUUUAACCAAUCAGUGUCCUAUCCCUAGGUAUGCUGGAAAACUGCAUUUGGCAUGCCUGACAGACUUACACAUGAGCAACUGGAAGAUCUUUUCACCUUGCAACAUCCUGGCAGGGGGAGUCUGAUUCCUGCAGAGCAGGCUCCGGUGUUGGGUUUCUCUCUCAAUGCUGUGUUAGUCCCUGCAGGAAGAAUAAGGAGCUUGUUGUUUUUGCAAUAAGUGGACUGGUCUGAAAUUGAGGAUUCGGGGGUGGGGGUACUGAAUAAACAUCCUUAGCUAAGAGGUCUGCCCAGCAAUGCAAUCUGACUACGCAUAUAGUAAGUUUAUAAAUGUUUGUUGCAUACUUUUCAAAGUUUUCCUUGCUUUAACUUUAUUUUUAAUACAUAAAGCUGGGAGCCUAAUGUACUUGAAAAAAAUCACAAGACCGUAAUAGGGGGUAACCUUAAUUGUUAGCAAAACACACUAUAAGUAGUAUACAGGAAUGCUAUAUAGUGUAUCAGAGUGCUAUCCGAAGUGUUAACAGAAGUUAGAUACAAUGUAGCACUUUGCUAUCUGAACGAUCUCCAUAAAAGCAUCCUGCGAAAAGCAGUGUAUGUAAAAAAGUUUCAAAGCAAUGCCUAAAGUGACAAUACUUGUCUCCAAUAUCCCUUGAGGGUCAAAUCUUGCAAUAUAACAAACAACCUAUCUAGAAUUGUAUGUCACAACUAAACGAAAGAUUACAUAUUUGCUAAAUUGUCAAAAAUAAGUAACUAAAAAGAAAACAUCUAUUUAAAGGAUGCAGCUUUACUAAAAUACUAGAUAGCUGGUUUUACACAGAUCAGGUAGAAAAAUCACCAGGUAACCAUGUAGCUAGUCUGUGCCUUUGAGGGCACAUGUACUGUCGUGGAUAAAAACUAAUCUAGCUUGCUAGCUAAUGCCAUCAGACGAACUGACAGCAGCUUGUCGUUGGAGAUGCUCUUGCUGUGUUACUAUUAAAUUGUGCAGGAAUCAGAACAUCCGCAUCAGUGUAUCACUACAACUUGAGUACAGUUCAGAGCCCUGACGCACAUUUUCGCCGGUCAGGCGGCUCUUCAAGGAGUGGAUCUUUAUUUUCGUUUAGAAGUGUUUGCUUGUUGGUUAAAAGAAAAAUUGUCAAGUGAUACAUCGCACUGUUAACCUACCUGAUUGGGGCGCUAACACAAGAGUAUAAAUUAAGCCUUGCAUGGGAAAGUGUAUAAGCUUAACUCAUAAGGUUUUUUUUAUUGGGGGGUGGGGGGGGGGGUUCUGAUUUAGUAUACACACAAUUUAGGUUAGUAGGCUUAGAAAAGUAAUUAUUUUUUUAUUAAAGGGACACUAUAGUCACUAGAACAACUACAGCUUAUUGUAUUUGUUCUGGUGAGUAUAGUCAGUCCCUGCAUGCUUUUUGCAGUAAACGUGGUCUUUGCAGAGAAAAUGCAGUGUUUACAUUACAGUAUGAAUAUCUUCACUGGCCACUCCUCAUAUGACUGCUAGAUGUGCUUCCUGAACACUGAACUUUCGUCAUAGAGAUGCAUUGAUUCAAUGCAUCUCUAUGAGGAGAUGCUGAUUGGCCAUGGCUUGUGCUGGCUCUGUCUCAGAUCUGCCUCCUUGACAGUAUCAGUCAAUUCAAAAAAGUUUAAAAUAUAUCGGAGCGCUAAAUGAUAAAGUAGAGUAUUUUCAAAUCCCCAGGGGACUUGUAAUUUGUCUCUUAGAAUUAAAACACCCAGUUUGGGAAAAUGUUACUGCUUUCGCUGCAACAUUUCGAUGUAUACCCUUCACCACAUCUCAAAUACAACUUAAAAAAACAAAUCAAGAAGUGGAGCGAUAUUUAGGUGACAAGCCCCAUACCACAUGCAUAUAAAAUGAGAAUAAAGGUAGCCAAAUACUUAUACUCCCAGUAGUUGGCACUCACAGAGCCAGGGCAGAUACAUAGAAAAGAGAAAAUGAGAAAUGAUAAUAUUGCAGAUCUGUAUGAAUAAUUUGUUGCACUUAUAUAAAUUGUACUAUAAACACAUUCAAUAUGCUCAUUAUUAGCAUUGAUGGUAAAAAGUAACAAUUUAUUCUCAAACAAUAAAUUAAAAAGGUCACUCAAACAGAAUAAAAUUCUAAAAAUAGCAAAGAUAAAAGCAACCUUUCUGGGGGAUUGUGCGUUGUGGUGGAGUCCCAAACUCCAGCUAUCUGGCUGCCGUUCAUACUUCCCGGCUGUUUUGGCUCCGCCCACCUUGGUGCGUGAUGACAUCACAUCUAUGCGUUUCGCUGUAUACAGACUGCUUUGUCAGGACGUUGGAAGUUGAUACAGACCUUGCUUCUGAGGGCUUAUGUAGGAGCAAAUGUCCAUUUUUCAUUGGUUCAGUCCCCAAACCUAAAUUUGCAUAUUGUAUAUCGCUCACGGUUUACGGAACCACUUGCUAGAUUAAAAUGACUGCCAUUUACAGCGAUAUACAAUAUGCAAAUUUUGGUUUGGGGACCGAACCAAUGAAAAAUUUACAUUUGCUCCUACAUAAGCCAUCAGAAGCAAGGGCUUCCAACAUCCUGACAAAGCAGUCUGUGUACCGCGAAACGCGUAGACGUGAAAGCAUCACGCACCAAGGUGGGCGGAGCCAAACACAGUCGGGAAGUACGAACGGCGGCCAGAUAGCUGGAUUUUGGGACUCCACCGCAAUGCACCUUGCCAGAGACCCGUAGUGUGGAAAAGCGUGUUUGUGAGUAAAUGGGUAUGCAUACCGGUAUACUCACCAUUUAUUCCUGUAAGCAGCAAUCUGGUUGCUUUUAUCUUUGCUAUUUUUAUUAUUUUAUUAUGUUUGAGUGACUUUUUUUAUUUAUUGUUUGAGAAUAAAUUACUUUUUACCAUCAAUGCUAAUAAUGAGCAUAUUGAAUGUGUUUAUAGUACAAUUUAUAUAAGUGCAACAAAUUAUUCAUACAGAUCUACAAUAUUAUCAUUUCUCAUUUUUUCUUUUCUAUGUAUCAUACUGCCCUGGCUCUGUGAGUGCCAACUACUGGGAGUAUAAGUAUAUUGCUACCUUUUAUUCUCAUUUUAUGUGCAUGUGGUAUGGGGCUUGUCACCUCAGUAUCAGCCAAUUCAAUGGUUUCUUAUGGGAAAGCAUUGGGAUUGGCUCAGAACAUCACUUCUGAUGUCAGCCAAGGAGGCAGAUCGAAGCAGAGCCAGCAGCAGACCGAAAUAAAAGUAUAUGUAGGGAGACAAGGGAGGGCCAGACGGGCUAGAUCGUGUUUUUAACACUAUAAAGAAACACAAACAUGUAUUCCUGACCAUAUAGUGUGUAAUGGACUGGACCUAGUUAGGUUUGACAUCUUUGUGAAAUCUAGGCAUGGUGCUAAGAUUUAAGCUAUGUGCAAUUAACAAACUGCUGUUUCAAGUUAGACACCUUUGCUUUUAUAAAAGACCACACCAUCCAUAACCCAUUGGAAAAGGCAAUUCAUACACAACUGUUCCAAAAUAUGUUGAACUCGCAAAAUUCACAGAUUAUGCAAAGAUAUCAUUGCAGCAAAUAUAUACAAUUAAAAGCAUGUUCUACAGAAAUAACUCACCCACAGCACAAUGAAUGUUAGGGCGUAUUUCUGUUGUCACGGCAGGGUUUAUUCACUGAACUCCACAUUGUAGUAAAUAUAAAUGGCAAACAAGUAAAAAUAACUUAUAUUUUAUCAUUUGGGUUUAUAUAAUAUAUACACAGACACACAAAGUUAAUUUAUACAGUAAGAAUAUGACAAUGCACGCACAGACAAGCUCACUGAAAGACAACCUAAUUUGCACAAACACAAGAUCCGAUCACUGAUACACACAGGUUCACUGGUGCACACCCACACACUUACUAAAGACACAUUGACAUACACACACAAGCUGAUUUCAGACAAAUUCACUAGCGCACAUACAAGAUCACUUUCCGUAUUUGGGUUGCUGGGCAUUAGAAGCUUACUAGCACAUGUCAUUGGGGACUCUGAGGGCAAUGUGAGGUUGCCAUUUCCUCUUACUGUCCGCAAGGUUAGGUGAUUGACGCUAGUGCCGCAACUCAAGUGCGAUGGUUGGCUCCUGCAAGAGCACCUUUUAUGUGGCAACCAUGUACUGGAAACUGUGAGGGGGCAUUUGGUGAGAGAAACUUACAGUGACUUCUCACUCAUCCCUACUGCAAGCCAGCUGCUUACUUUGCUGGUGUACCAGUCGCCAGAAAAAUCAAUGCCACCAAGUCAGCUCCACCGGCCUCCAGCACAAAGUCUGAGUGGAAUAAUAAAUCAGUAGAGAAUGUUUUAGGUCAUCUAGCUGCACUACCUGGCCUCAUAUGCUGCAGCCCACUGGGAAAUUUUUCUGUAUCCCUGUUGGCCAGUCCAACACUUCAUUUAAUGAGCAGGGGAUCACAAGCAAUGCACAUCUCUAGCACAACCCACUAUUGGAGAGCUGGUUAUUCCUAAUAAACUCAUACAGAUCUGGUGUUCAUAUAAUAUAAUACAGCAGGCAGCAUGUGUUUUAAGCUAAGGUAGCUCAUGGAGAGUUCAUUAAUCAUAAACCACUUCUGCUUGUCAGUGGAAUUCAGUGGUUUCUUCAAUUUACUUGCAUAUUUAAGUAAAACUACAAUGAAUCUCCAUAUUGCGCAUUACUCUCUGUACAAUUCCUAUAAUCAUCUUUUUUUUCAGUUGUCAAACUGCUUUUUAGUAGUUGAUGUAUGUUUUUCAUUUUAUGUUCACAAGUCCAACAAAUAUAUCCUUGAAAGAACAGACAUGUUGAAGAUUUUGCGUGUUUAAACAUGAAUAUAUAAAUAUAUUUGUUUUCAUGUUAAAUGUUGCCAGUGAAUUGGUUUAUAUUUUGUAUGUAUUUGUGAAAGUGAACCUGUAAUGAAAAAAUAUACACAGAAAUACGUGAUUUAUUCAGUAUAAAAAUAUACUCCCCUCAUCUCUGUUCCAGCACCCUCAUCCUCUAGGAUUCAAGGGUGGUUACUCUUUGUGUAACACCCACCUCUGGUCCGUUCCCCUCUACUCCUCCAGUACAGUUACCUAAGUAGAGCAAACUUCCUGUGUGAAGCCGACACACUGGCUUAAGUGCUAGCCUGCCUGUAUCUGAAUGAAGUGAUGUCAGUAACUCUGUUUCUAUACUCACUAGCCAGCACUAGCAGCUUCUACCUCCGUUUCCAUAGCAACCACAGCACAUUCACUGUGGUUUCUUUGCUUGGAAAAGCAGAAGAUGUAGAAGUUGUUUUCUGCUCUCCCUUGUCAGUCAACUUGUCAGCAUAGAGUCUGUGCUGAGUCUGUUCAUAGGCACAUCUUGCACAGUGUACAGUAGAAACCUGUAGUAAAUCUAUAUAUUUGAACCACAAGAUUCUGCUGUUCGUAUGUACAGUGCUACCUUGAAUUGUAGGAAGCAUAUAGUGAAACAGAAAGUGCCUCCUCAUAUCUGACCAUAUAGGUUUGUUUGUAUUGAAAGAAAAAAAAAAAACACUACAGUAUUUUAGGAUAAAACCUUACUUUACAGGCUGCUGUGACGGAGCUCCUGUACUCCAACAGAGUACCUCCGUCCAGUGUGCUUCCUAGCCGCUUGCAGGGAUCCUUGAAUGCUUCAAACCUAGUCACCGAGGCUUGAUUGGGGUCACUGUGGAGCUUUUACAAUCAAUUAGGCUGCAGCUCUCCUUCCAGGCAGGUAUUGUCCCUUCUGGCUGUUCCACUGCAGCCCUUCUACCAGGCAGGUAUCCACCUUUGGCUGCAAUGUGAUUUCUAUUGCCUUUACAAAGGCACUUGCAGCACUCAGGCCUAGCUCUCUUGAUUAAUCACAGGGCUAGAGGGAUUGUGCAGCCAGCCAACUGGUCUGAAGACUCUGUUACUGGGAUCCCUAAAAAUCUACACAGGACACAAGUUCCAAAGGAACUAACCUACAAUACCUCAUUUUACUUGGGACUAGCCCAUAUUUUUGUUACAUCAACCUUGGUGGGUCAAUACAAUGAACCAAAUCAUAUCAGAAAACAUACAGUAACUUAUAACAUAUUUAUAAAGGGGUGGAAAAGACAAUAACGAACACAAAAUAUCUCUCCCACCUGCAGAAUUCGCAAUAUGCAAAUCUACCUGAAUAUGCAAAUUGGCAAACCUUGCUAUUCAGGUAGUGGAUAUAACUGUUGCUAGAUCCUUGCAACAAACAGGUGGCGCUCUACAGGCUCCACAGCCAAAUCCACCUAGUUGAUUGCAAACAUUAGCAAGACAGGAGAGCACACUAACAUUUAACCCCAAACAACCACACUAUACACACGCGCACCCUGCAACUACAAUGGACACAGAGUGACUUAAAGGACCACUAUAGUGCCCUGAGGGUGCCCCCACCCUCAGGGUCCCCCUCCUGCUGUGCUGGAUGGAGAGGAAGGGGUUAAACUUACCUCUUUCUCCAGGGCUGGACGGGGAUUUCUCCUCCUCUUCGGCUGAAUGGGCAUGCGCGGCAGGAGCCGCGCGCGCAUUCAGCCAGUCCAUAGGAAAGCAUUCACAAUGCUUUCCUAUGGACGCAAGCGUCUUCUCACUGUGAAAAUCACAGUGAGAAACGCGGAAGCCCUCUAGCAGCUGUCAAUGAGACAGCCACUAGAGGCUGGUUUAACCCUAACAUAAACAUAGCAGUUUCUCUGAAACUGCUAUGUUUAUAGAAAAAAGGGUUAACCCUAGAUGGACCAGGCACCCAGACCACCUUAUUAAGCUGAAGUGGUCUGGGUUCCUAUAGUGGUCCUUUAAACAUAGGAAUCAUCCAGAGACCUAAUUGAAUUGUCCAUCUUAGGCUUAUGGUAAUGGUCACAGUUUUUCUGAAUUCCCUGGCUUAUUCACCACAAUUCACAUUUAAGUGAAUAGGCCUGUAAACAGAGCAAUUAAGUCUAGAAAAUUAAAGUGUAUCAAUCACAUAAACUCAGGUCUCAGGCUUCACAUUCCUAAGUAACAAACAAAAAUGUUUUUGCAAUUUUCUUUGAACAAACUUUGUGGAUGAGCAGUCACAUGUCCUGGAAGCCUAAAGUUUAAAUUAUCUGUCAUCUAUGCUUAAAAGGGAAGGCUUGAAACUCCCCUCUCUCUCUCAUUUGAUUUCUUUAAACUUAUUUUUAACUAGGGUUUUGUUUAAUUCUAUCCCUCCUUUGUCCACCACCCUACUCCCUCCCUCCCUGGCUCAGAGUGGAAGGAUGAGUGGUCCAUUUAAUUACUUCUUUAUGACCACGGAGAGGGAAGUAGUGACACCAGAUCAGCAUGUUGGAUAAGACCGGAUCCUUCAGCUAUAUAGGUGCACCUUGGGUCAUACUUGUGCAGGGAAGACCGCAGAGACUAGAUGUCAGUUUUUAAACCGUCCAACCCAAGGUGCAUGUAUAUGGCUGAAGGUCAGAAUGGAUUUUUCUUACUUACAGAUACGCCUAGUGUUCUAUCAGGUUGUUCUUGAUCAUGGAACUCCAGUUCGGCUUCUAACUGCUCCAACCAUUAAUAUAAUCUUUGGGUAUGUGCAUUACCAAUUUUAUAAUCCCCUUCCCCCAGGUUUUCCAUUUGCCCAGUCUCUUUAGCCCUUGAUAAUCUAGAGUGCCAAUGAAGUAAGAUGCAUUAUUUGAUAUCAUUUUUUUAUUUUUGCAAAGUAGAGAAAUAACUGCCUUCGCUGCAUGUAGCACAUAGAGGAUUAUGUAUGUAUUUAUAUUUAUUUUCCUUUAGAGAGAUUGCACUGUGUGAAACCUUUGUGCUAGUACCUUUAUAGGAUAUAUCCUGAGUGCUGGAGAGGCAUUUAUAUAUGCUUUCUAGUAUCUUGUUCAUUCUUCAUCCAAAAAAUAGUUGUCAAACUGUUCUCCCAUUUUGCCAUGAACAGAGGGGGUAAGAACUAUGGAUUCUGAAGUCUAUAGGACAUGUUUGGAUGAAGAACUAUUAUAGAACAUAAAGUAUUCCUGCAGGUUCAUAUUUCUGCUGAUUUACAUAUUUAAUUAUUCUGCCUGACUCACCUAUGAUAACACGUUCAAUCUGGAAUAUCUUGAAAAGCAUGCUUGUUUGAGGUCAUGUAGUAAGUAGUUUAUCACGUCUCAUUCAUACAUUCUAGUUAUACAAAAGCCAAUAUAUUCUAACUAUACACAGUAUGUCAAAUGAUAACGUGCGUCAUGUCAAUUAUAUUGCAAUCUAUGCUAAUGUAAAUCAGAGAUAAACCUCAUACCAGGACUAUCAGAAAGCAGUCUAAGAAUCUAUCCUCUUUGCUCACUAAAGUAAGGGAGUCCUGUUAUGCGAGAGUUUAUGACCAGCUUGGUUAUGUGUUUAUUUGUGUCUACUCACAUAGUAUAAUUAAAGAUUUGGCAGUUAAUAUAAGUAUAGGUCAUGCAUCUUUGAACUGAUUAAAUGGAUGGGCAUUUUGGAAUACUAAUGUUUCUGCUGCUGUUGUGAUUUAUGCCAGAAAUGGUAUAUAUAAAUAGGGCUGUAUUCCCAAAGCAAGGUAUUAGUUAGCAAAGCUACCAUAUACGCAGUAAAUACAUCAUUACUAAAUGGACACCCCAAGCACCAUCAUCAUCAGUACAACUUCUUGAGGCAGGCUAUUCUUAUUAAAUGGUUUUCAAGAGAUUAGACAAAACCAGAUGCUUUCUAGGCACUCUAAGUAGAUUCAACUUGAAGCAUUAUAACAACAUUUUCACUUCCUCAUUUUAUGUGCAGGUAUUUGUAUGGCAUGAAUUUGUUGUACAUUUUGAGCAUAGUAGGUUUGGAUGCUUAAAUAUUUUUACUGUGUCAGCUUGACUGCACUAAAAAGGAUUACUUUCUGCCUUCAUUGUUCAGUGACAGUUCUGGGAAUUUGUGAAUUGAAUAGUAUGUGAGUGUAAUUUUUUGAAAACAUAUAUGUUCUUUGUUCAGUCUGAAAGGCAUGACCUCCCUCACUUCGGAUAUUAUAAAGAGCCUGAGCUCUGUUCGUAAUCCCUAACAUAUGUGUUUCUGUCCCAUCUCUCCAUCUUUCAUUUCAUUAAAGAGGUACAAACACUCAUAGGAAAUGCUUUUACUGGUUUUCGUUUUGUGGUCUUUAUAUGUAUAAGCAAUGUUGGGAGUUUCUCCUUGCCAUUUUGAUAGAUGACCAUGAUUUACCAUUCACAGAAUUAAACUGCACAUAACAGGGUAAUCGAUUUUAAAAUUACAACAGUGAUAAACCCUGGCAACGUAGAAAUAGCACAACUAACAUGUGCUAUUUUUUCUCUUUUGUGUAUCUUUUUUUUGUUUUCACGACUGUACAUCUUUAAACCAGUUUUGAAAAGGACCAGACAUUAUACCUUUUUCUUGAUGUAUGUUUAUUUGUUUUAAUAUAUUCUGUCUUUUAAAAUCCACAGAGGCUCAUAGUAUGUCUGGAAGAAUCCCUCUAUAUACACAACAUAAGAGACAUGAAAGUUCUUCACACAAUCAGAGAAACACCCCCUAACCCUUCUGGUAGGUUCUUUGCAAAAAACUAAUAUUUUUUAAACUGUUUUAAUUAAAAUAUUUCCAGUAAACUGAUUUGCAUAUUAUAUGUAAUAAAUAGUCUAUAUUUUCUUACAAGUAAUGUUUGAAAGAAAGUAUUUGUUAUUCAUGUCAUCUGUGAACUUAGCAACUUUUUAAGGAUAUGCCUCGGAUGGCCACCUCGUCAAUGCAAUCAGCCUUACAGAUCUUGCUUGCUAAGGGUUUUAAAGAUAAGACAUAAAGCUGGGGGGAACAUGGUGAUAGACAUCCCAUUGACAAGACCCAGGCCAUUACAGCUGUAAUAAAACCGGUCAGUAACUGAGACCGUCUGCUUCCUAGUUUGUUUGCUAGAUAUAAGGCAAGUUGUAUGUUGACAGAGUAGUAUUUUGCUUUGGGUACUUGUCACGUGCGUGGGCUAUAGGCCCAGCCGAGACAGUGGGGAGAGUGUGGAAGUGACAGGGUUAAUGACACCAGACCCCUGGUUACCUGUUGCUAGUCCCAGCAACCACUCAAUUAACCCCUGCAAUCCCUUCUACACUAACCCCCUUAGGUUACCCCACACACAGGAGAAUUAUAGUAUUACAGUUCUACUUUUACUGAUAAAACAUAUAUAGUUAACCCUUUUUGGUAACGUGUUUACCUGAGCUUUCCUCUGGAGAGUGAAGCUCAUAGAGAACAGCGACACAAGCUGAUUAAGUAAACAUUUAAUCUGACAAAAAGGAUUCACAGUGCUGAGUACAAAAUACAGAAAUAAAUGACAUACAGAUAACAAAUUGCAAAACAGUACAUAAAAUAAAAUAGGAGAAAACACAAGAAAUUCCUUACAUGUAGUUACCCCAUAUAAAAUUCUUGUGGGACUCUUAGAUGGUAUAGGUCUCCUAGAAGUUGCUGACAAAAGAAAAAUGAAUAACUGAACUCCCUGGAUAGUCCAACGCCAUCAUAUAUCUAAACUAGUUGUUUCUCAGUGGGCAGACCCCUGGGGGGGGGAUCAGAGGGGGUUGGUCUGGCAGUCUAUUGCCCACUCUAUGAAAUUCCUUGUGUCCAGCUCUGGUGAUGGCUAUCUAGAUGUUUUAUGGUCUAGGCCUGGUGCAAGAUCAAAGACCACAAUAAAUGUCAUCCCAAGGUUUACAAAAAAACAACUCUUAACAUAUAUAAACACACAUCAAACACCAACUCAUGCUUUUGGCAUGACAGUACGCCUUUGUACUCCUUUCUCUCUGUCUAUAGCUUUAAUUGCUUACCUGAUUUGUUUAAUAUUCGCCAGAAGGUUUUGUCGGCUGGGCUCUAUGCAAAUCUGCUAAAGUUUGUAGUUCAGUUGUCAAGCCAUUUAAAGACUGGCUUUUCUGUUUCUGGAUAUGUGUUGCAUAUGCCAUGGAAUUGUCCCUGACUAUCUCCUUGUGUGCUAACCAGAAGAUCUCAGAUGAAAUUAAAGGGACACUCCAUGCACCCAGACCACUUCUGCCUAUUGGAGUGAUCUGGGUGCCAACUCCUACCACCCUUAACCCUGCAAGUGUAAUUAUUGCAGUUUUUAUAAACUGCAAUAAUUACCUUGCAGGGUUAAGUCCUCCUCUAGUGGCUGUUUAUCAGACAGCCACUAGAGGGACUUCCGGCCUCUUAGACAACUUUUGGUCAUCUAAACGACACUAGACGUCCUCACACUAUGCAUGAGGACCUCCAGCAUUGCCAAAAAUGGAAUAAUGUUUUUCUAUGGGGAGGUCUAAUGGAUGCGUGGCUGACGUCAAUGGGGGAGGACCAGGGCAGAGCCUGACCCAGCGCCGUGGGACACCGGCGCUGGAAUCAGGGAAGUCACUAAAGGGGUUUUAACCCAUUCAGCGACAUGGGAGGGAGAGGGUCCUGCAGUGCCAGGAAAACUGUUCUGUUUUCCUGGCACUGGAGAGUCCCUUUAAUGUUUGAAGUUUUAUUUUCCCUGAACGAAGUCUGCAAGGUUGACUCAAAAAACUGUUUAGUGUUAGCAGAUUUCAGUGGGAAGGUGAAUGAAUAAACUGAACAGUCACAGACUAUGCUCAGAACAUGUUAUUGUAUAAUUGGACAAAGGAGAGGUCUUCCUUCUGUUUUGCAAGCAGGUCCCAUGCUUGUAAGUGUUUCCUCCCAUCCACAGGAGAGGUAAUCAUUUUGGUGGACUCGUGCUCAAUGAGAAACUUGUCGGAGUAAUUCCAUCUUUAGGUGAUCCAAUGGUCACUGCCCAAAGAUAUUGUUUCCAUUACAUUGUAAAGGAUGAUACAUCUAGAUAAAGCUGGAUGUUAACAUAUUUCUUUUGUGGCAUUUUGUCUCUACCUGCAAGAUUUUGAUUAGUGGGAUCCUUGCAUUGUUGUCUUUCAUAGCACUAGCCACGAUAAAGCACCCCUAGCAAGCCGAUGGAUUCAGUCUAUAACAAUUUCCGUCAUUUUGAAAUCCAGUAAGAGAGCUUGGAUAAAGUCUUUAAGAUACGCCUUCAGCUAGCAUGGCGGAACAUUGUCUGGUAUUCCCUAGAUUCUGAUAUUAUUGCACUUUGAUUUAUCAUAAAGGUCGGCUAAUAUCUGUUCUAAGAAAUUGACUGCUUUAGUGAGUGCUUCAUAUUAUCCACAAGAGAGUCACGGGAGUCCACAAUUUAAUCUAUUUUACUCUCCAGUUUGUUUAUUCUUCCAAUUCAUUGAUGUUGUUUGCAAGUUCUGAGGUAAAAUUGGAGACAUGCCUGGAUGUGUUUUCUGAGAUAAUGUAGUGUAGGUCUCCUCCUCUUGAAGGUAAAAUCCUCUGAAUUUAAGAAAGCUGAGGCAAGCUGUUCUUUUGGCCAUGGCGGCAAGGAAACCAGCAAGGUCUCAACUGAGGGAGAAGCUCUCCAUUGGUCUUGAAACCGAUAUGGAUUCAGCUUUGCUUGUGUCUUUUUCAGUUUUGCAUCAAUUAUGGUGAUAGAAGCAAAGUGGUUUUCACUCUGAAUGGCUGCUUUGAGCUCAGAGAGAGCUCAGAGCUAAAGUGGCCAUCCUGGUCACAGCCAAAUUACACCCCAUCCAGAUAACUAUUUUUAAUUUUUGGUAGCUUUAAUGUUUGGUUGUCUCCGUAGCAUAAAUAAGUAAGACUUGGUAGACUGCUAAAAUAUUGGAUGUUAAGCCCCCCAUAUAUAUUUAUAGUUUCUGUGAUGUUCAGCAUUCAUAGACUCUUACAAUAAUUACAGUUUGUGUUUUUGUGUUCUUUCAGUAAAUGCAUUAUCCGUUCAUGCUCUUCUUCAUACAAAUAAAAAAUGACAGAUCUAAUUAUUUUAGUAUUUCAGAUGAUGCGACCAAGUUUUUUUAGAACAAUCUUUCUCAUGUGCAGUUGGCAUUUAAUCCCUUCCUGUUCCUUGACAGAAUGUCAUCAAACCCUAAAAAGUGCAGUGUGAAGCCCCUUUUUUUGUGCUCACCAGGCAAAUGCUGUUGCUGAGUCCCUAGUUACCUCAGGCAUACUAGCAAGAUGUGAUCACUACAUCAACCAAUAACUGUGAUUGCAGUGCUUUUAUCUUCUCUGAACCUUUUCUGAGGGAUUCAUUGUGUUCUGUGUUAUUGACGCAGCCUUUUGUUAAAAAAGAAUUAAAUAUAAAUAUACCUGUUCUGUUUUUUUGAUCACUGUACACUUUUGAUCACAGUAGUUUGGUACUGUUCUGUGCUUUAUUUAUGUUUUACCUUUAGGGGUUAAGUUGCUUCAUGUAUAUACUAAUUUCUACAUAGGUUUGAGUGAUGGACAGAAAAACUAUUUGUUUAUAUCGGUUUAAAAAAUAUAUAAAAGAAAAAAGGUUUGAUCACUGCUGUAAGACAUCAGGGGCACAAUUUAUAAUAGCACACAUCUGGGUUCUGAAAUACAUUAGAAUGUGUGUUUGCAAGAGAGAAUGUAUUGAAGGUCUGUAUACAGUAAGCAAACAAAACCCUUUGCUAAACUAGAACUAACAAAACAUGUUUGAAAUAUGUUUAUAGAACACUAUAAAAAUGCCUUCUGCAGGGCUUAAUACAGGGGUAGGCAAUCUAUGUGCCUUUGCACGGUACUCAAGGCUGCUAGACCCAAACAGGGUCUUCAGAUACCUGUAAUACGAAAAGGUGGUGAAGGGCAAUCCUCAAUUUAUGCAUUGCAGCACAUAGAGGGGAUGUCAGAUCACUUCCUCCUAGCACUUGUGAAUGGGAAUCCACACUGUAGUAGAACAGCCUGCAGCUGCUUUUGCAGCUCCUGUCCUUGAGCUGUACCUGGCCAGACUGGUCCCCACUGGAACCUAGGGAAGCCACUCACACUGCUAGAUUUAUACAUAGCUGCAGAAUAACUCUCCCCUCAUACAAAUAAUACGAACAGUCCAUACACAAAUACAACACAGAAUCUGCACAAACUCAAGACCACUGACCAUAAACAUACAUAGACACAACCCCAAAUGCAGCCUCUCACAUGCAAUACCCAAAACAGACCCACAUAUACACACUGCCAAAUAAAGAAUGUGACAUAUCCAUCCACACAAACAAGUCCUCAAGCAACCCCCAUACACAGCCCUCAUUCAUAGAUACACAAUACCACAACUACUCAUGAACAUAUACAAUAUAAUAGCUCAUAUAUGCAGAAAUACGAUACAAAGCAACUGCAGUAUAAAUAACACAAGCAGAAUAGGGCAGCAUGCAUACCUCCAUAUAAAAAAAAUAGGAGCAGCACGCUACGGGACAUCAUAAUCUUUUUUUUUUCAGCACCGUGCUGCUAGAAGAUUGCCUGCCCCUAGCCUAAUACAUCAGAAAAAUAGCUUGUCAGUGUAAAUUCUAAGAUAUCUAGCUAGAUGUUUGUCUUUGUGGAUUUCUGUAUAUAUUCCAUAUUUUUCUGAAAAUAAGAUGCAUUGUAGUACAAGACGAACCAUAUAUUUUAAGGAGAAAUAUAUAUACCAUUUUAGCAUUUUACUGCAUCCACACAAAUAACUUUUACAAAAUGCACCGCCAAAUGUGCAGAAUACAGGACAGAAAAUUGGCACUUCAAUUGGAAGAAACACAAGAAGAAAUGUCAUUGACUUGGCUAUAAGUAAUAAAAUGCAAUGUGUGAUUCAUUUGGGUAUCUACUUUUGAAAACGCAAGAUCUUUACUGGGUUAUUUGAAUUGAUGAGCUUCUAAAAUGAGCCCCCUAAACUUGGACUAAAACCCAGAAAAUUAACCAUUUAAAAUUUAAAUAGGCAGGUCCUGUUUUGGCACUGUAUGGUCACAAAAUCCAGGCAAAAGUAUACUCUCAGUUAGUUAUAUAGUCUGUAGUAGCACUUAGAUUUGUAUAUGCCAUGUGCCAAGCAUCAGGUUUACAAAAGAAAAGGCUAUCCCAACCGUUUUGGUUUUUUUGGAGUAACCCCUUGCAUUUAGUGCCCACCUUUCUUUUUUUUUUUUUUUUUAAAAAGCAUUGCACUGGCCAAAAACACACACACACACACACAAUAUUCGCUUUUGUCAUUGGUGGGUAUAUCUACAAAACCAACUUGCAAAUAUGCUGUCUGCGGCCUUUGCAGGCACUCUCCCUUUUCUCCAGAUUAGGCUUGCAUGCUGUGCAGUUCAAAUGACCAAUCGGAGACCUCUCAGUCCAGGGCCAAUGCCAAGUUCUUCCUGCAGACUGAUGCACCUUUAUUCACAUUAUCCUUUUCAUUUUGUGUUUCAAUGAAUGCUCCUCAUAUAAAAGUAUUAUUGGACCUGAGGUGCAUGCACUGCAAUUGCGCUUAUUCUAUGCCGGCAGAAUGGAGGGAAGUAGACAGAGAUUAAGGUAAAGCGGGGAGGACUGUACCAUUACUGGGAAAUCUGUACACCCGUCUUCCGCAUACUAUGCGUGCUAACAACAGAAGUAUUUUAUGGACAAAGUUUACUUUACCCAGCCCAGAAAUCUCAAUCUGGGCUGGCCAAUGAUGCUACCUGAAGUGGAGAUACAUCUCUGGAAGUAAGAGAAAACAAAUCUCUACAAUCUUAAGCAUAGCAUUAAUAUAUAAAUCGCUUGCUUACACAAUUGUUCACAAGCAGAUUUGUACUCCCAGAACCACACACACAGAUCUGCACUGACAGACACACAAAUAUUAUACUCCAACACACAGAUAAUCACCAAGUGCUAAACAAGCUAAAACUGGAUUUGACACGAAGGGGUAAUAUUGCUUAUGUUGCAAUUUCAGUAACUAUAAUUAAAACAAAUUACGAAAGACGUAAAGUUUUGUUAGACCAGUGUUCCUUGAUCGUUGCUCUGAUUCUGACUCCACCUUAUCUCCCUUCUGACUGUCUUUUGCUACGUAUUGACUGUAUGCAUACAAUAAGCAAACACAACCCUAAACUGUUUUGUAAAAUAGACUCUCGCUACCAUUUUACAUUCCACACUGUGUUUCAAAGACCACAGUACAGGAUCUUUUUUUUAAUUUAUUUUAUCCUCUACCUGGUCUGAGAAGAAGCUGCUCCCAGACCAGAUAUAGAUUAUAGAAAAUCCUCUACUGGGGUACGUGCGGCAACGCUACAGAGUGUGAAGAACACCCUCCCUCCUUUCUGCUGGGUGACACUCAGAAUAUGGGGUGCAGGCAGGUUUUUUUUUAUUUAGAGGUAAAUAACUGCAUCCUAUAUUCAGGAAAAUACAGCAUCUAAACAGUUAACCUGCAACCAUAGUACAGUAUGCAGUAAAUUGUUUUAGCAAUCUUUAAAAGAUAAUCUAUUGUUUUUUUUCUGUUUCAAGGUCUUUGUGCUCUUUCAAUUAAUGGUGAUAAUUGCUACCUUGCAUAUCCCGGAAGUACAUCUAUUGGAGAAGUCCAAGUCUUUGAUACUGUUAAUCUGGUAAGUCCUGUAUUCUGAACACGAUACAAAGGAUAAUUCAACAUAUAAUGACUAAUGAAUAAUGAGUCGAAUGUGAAAAAUGUAUGCACAGAAGUAUAGCUAUGUUAGAGAGCUGAACAGCAAAAACUGAAUAAAUUUGUCCAUUAUAACUACUUGAAUAAGGUCCUUGAUCCUGGUAUUAGUGAUUAUCCUGUGACAUUACAUACGCUUAUAUACGUAGUGUGGUGAUUUGUGGGAGCAGGUUUCAAGUUAAAAGUAUACUGUAAAAUACAAAUAAAAAUGUCUCAAACCUCUAUGCAGCAUAUUUGCUCACUGGUAGAUGUUACAGCUUAAUAAUGGGUCUGAAAUGGCUUGCACAGUAUGUGAAAUGUGCAAAUGUAAAGAAUGUCAUUUUUCAUUACUUCAUAAAGAAAUAAUGAAAUGCUAGUGUUGACUGUUCGUGAUAUGAUAAGCUAGUGCAGCGGCUACUUUGUUUCAUGGACAAGAUGCGAUCUGUGGAGGUGCAGUGUUGUACUCUCAUACAUAUGUGAAAGUACAGCACUGAAGAGGCUAACUAGAGAUGAAGAUGGUGGUGGCUGUGAAGGGCAGCUUCAAGUAAAACCUACUUUUUGAUUAAACCCCAUGGUCCGUGUAUUCUAAUUACAGAAUAUGCAAAGGCCCCAGCAGUGUUAAUUUUGGCGGCAAAUUUCAAGUUAGUUUUAGUCCUAGUCUUUUAACGAAAAAGCCAUUUUAGUUUUCAUUGUAUUUUAGUCGACUGAAUUGUUUUAGUCUAGUUUUAGUCGACUAAAUCUCAAGUAGAUUUUAGUCAAUACGACUAAAAUCUAAUCGAUUUAAAAUCUAAAGGUCUCUUUUGCCCCUUCCCCAGUCCCUCUGUGUCUCUUUGUGUCCUCCCAGCCUCUUUAGGUGUCUCUCUCUCUCUUCCCAAGCCCUGGUCUGUCUCUUUUGCCCCUUCCACAGCCCCUCUGCAGUAUUAAUUUUGGCGGACUAUGACUAAAACUAAAUUUCAAUUUAGUAUAUAGUCUUUUGACUAAAAUGCCAUUUUAGUUCUAGUCGUAUUUUAAUCAUCUGAAUUGUUUUAGUAUAGUUUUAGUCUACUAAAUCUCAAAUAUUUUAGUCGACUAUAAUUGUUAAUCGACAAAAUUAACACUGGACCCCAGAAAUUGACAAUUCUGCUUUAAUCUAUACAUUUUAGAUCUGUAUAUUUAGCUGUCUAAAUCUGCAUAUCUAUAUAUCUUUGUGAUAUGUCUAGUGCAGGUUUUUCAAACUCCAUUUACCUGAGGGCUAUUGGCCAGAGAUCUUCUCACAUGGGGGUCCGUAAACCUUGAUACCUGAUGCUCACCAACAGAUGCAUACUGACGUAUCUGCACUGAUAGACACAAUUACACACUCAAAGACCAAUAAUCUCUCCCAAACACACUGAUACACACGCAGGCACUCCAGAAAAACGCCAGGAGCGCCCCCUACACCUGGGAGAUUAGGUGCCUCUAGUUUGAGACCUCCGCUUCAAAGUCUACUUUUAUCUGUUUAAAGUAUAUUUGUAGUUUUUCCUUCAUAUAGUUCUUCUCGUCCACAAUUUUUCAGAGAGCUGCUAAUAUGAUCCCUGCUCAUGACAGUCCUCUUGCAGCAUUGGCUUUUGAUGCAAGUGGAACCAAGCUGGCUACAGCAUCAGAAAAGGUAAAGGACGGUGAUUUAUGUUUGUUGUCAAGUGCAAGCUUAUUAAUGCUAGGAUAUUGUAAUUAUCAUGACAGGAACAUCCUCUGCAUAGCAGCAAAUUGUUAAAUAUCAUCUAGUUAUCUCACAAGCCCUCUCCUUCUUUCCCAGAGGUCAUUAUAUUGUUAUAAAGCAAGCAUGUCAAACUUGCGGCACACAAUGAAUAUAUUUGCAGCCCACUAGCCAUGGGGCUGCUUUGUGCUGUGGCUGCGACCAGCCACAAGACAGAUGCCCUGCCACGGCCAAUUGCGUGCUUUGGCUGCACAGUACUACAGUGCACAGAUUGGCAGGCUGUCUGCAGAGCAGGCCAGCCACUCCCCACUUUCCUCCUGCUGGCACUGCUAGAGGAGCGCCUGGCCUGCUUGAGCAGACAAGAGCUGGACCUGGAGGACAGACAGCUCAUCUUAAGUUAGGGGAAGAGGUGCUUGGGGAACCUUCCUGUGUACAGUGUAUUAAAUUGCUGUUGGUAGGGGGCUUUACAUUAUUUUGGAGGAGGGAGGGGGGUAGUGUAUUAAAGUGGCGGGAGGGAAAGGGGCAGUGUAUUAGAGUGGGGGGCGUGGGAGGCUGUGUAGGAGACUUGGGGGGGGCAGUACAUUAGAUUGGGGCGGCAGUGUUUUAGAUGGGGCAGUGUAAAAGCGUGUAGGGAGGGGCCAGUGUAUUGGAUCUGGGGGCAGUGUAUUGGAUCUGGGGCCAGUGAAUUGGAUCUGGGGGCAGUGUAUUGGAUCUGGGAGCAGUGUAUUGGAUCUGGGAGCAGUGUAUUGGAUCUGGGGGCAGUGUAUUGGAUCUGGGGGCAGUGUAUUGGAUCUGGGGGCAGUGUAUUGGAUCUGGGGGCAGUGUAUUAGAAUGGGGGAGACGGGGCAGUGUAUUAGAUUGGGUCUGCAUGGAGAUGCUGAGCGCACACUUGCACAAUAGCUUCCUGAUGCUUUCCUACGGUAAAGCAUUGGAUUGACUGAGAUUAUCGGACUUAAAAAUCAACAAGAUAAUGUAACUUUUUUUUUUACAGCUGUGCAACAGCAUACAUUCACAAUUUCAGUCCCAUUACCAAACUUUUCUCAAUAUGUCAAGGUAGUUGGACUGAAACAUUGGUUCUAUGCAAAUGCACGUCUCCUUAAAAUAAGCAUACCUUGAAGCCCUACGAGCGUGAGGACGUCCAGUGUCAGUGAGGUGACUUUUUUUUUUUUUUAUACUUUACUUUUCUAACAUUGUCUUAAGUGGAGAGUGAAAAGUGGAGUUUGUUUUUUUUGCGGCCCACAUAAACGUAAACCUUUUAUUUACCUUUUAUUUGACCCUUGUUAGCCUUUGAGUUUGACAUGCUUGUUUGUAGAACACAGGAGAUAAUUGAAGAGAAGGAAUUUCCUGGAGUUUUGUCCAUGCAAAUGUUUGUAUGAGGAUGUCAGAUGAGAAUCCAUGAACCACCUUUUAUUAAAUAACUUAAAAUGUAUAGGGUCAAGCGAGCUUCCUGUUCUUACAAAAGAACUACUACUGUUUUUUUCUUUGACAGGGUACAGUGAUUCGUGUGUUUUCCAUUCCAGAAGGACAGAAAAUAUUUGAGUUUCGAAGGGGUGUGAAAAGGCGUGUACAAACAGUAUUUUAUUUAUUUUUGCCUAAAUAUAGAUUUUAAAUCCUAUUAAUUUUUGCAUGUAUGUUAAUUUUUAUAUCACUUUUAGGUGCGUGAAUAUUUGUUCUUUGGCAUUUAGCUUGGAUGGCUUAUUUCUCUCUGCAUCCAGUAACACAGAAACUGUGCACAUUUUUAAGUUGGAGACUGUAAAAGAAAAGUAAGUGUUGUCGUUUUUUUAAAUUUUAUUUACACAAAUAUUCGAUAAUAAAAGUGAGAAAGACAUACAUUAUACAAAUAAGACAAACCGUGUGUAAAAAAAACAAAAAAAACAACAAAUAUAUAAAAGGUGAAAGUAAUAAAGGAAAACUGAAAAAGUUGCUAUUAAAAUGUCAAGUUUUGAUAUAUUGACAAUAGCUAAACACUAGCACUCAAAGGAGUGAGCACAGGAUGUCAUAAUGGUUAACUGUGUUCAAAUGCCCACCUUCAUGCCUCAAGCUCCUGGAACAUAUACCCUAGCACCCGGGCACUGAGAGUAAUACAGUAGGGAUGUCAUGAUUAGAAUAAAGAUUUAUUUGUAACAGUGUAGAUUUGAUGGGUCAUCCUUUUGCUGUAGAUGAGAUAAAUUGUGCUGCAUUUAUUUAUUUUGCCAUACUUUGUUUUAUUGUUUCAGGCCUCCAGAGGAACCCACUACUUGGACUGGGUAUUUUGGAAAAGUGAUCAUGGCAUCCACAAGUUAUCUGCCAUCACAGGUUACUGAAAUGUUCAACCAGGGCAGGGCUUUUGCAACAGUUAGAUUACCAUUCUGUGGACACAAAAACAUCUGUGCACUAGCUAUGUAAGUGAUUUGUUUGACUAAAACAAUCUGUAAAUUGUGUUUCCAGAUUUAUAGAUCUGGAGAUAAAAAAAACUUCACAAGUGCAUCCCACAAUGCAAUGAGUGCUUGUAAUAUUCUAUUGUAAAUUCACAGGAUGUCAUGCCCAAGUUUUCCCCAGGAAAGUAAUAAUACACGUCUGUCAGGAAACCAGCUAUAUGCAGGGCCGGACUGAAGAUACAAAGCAGCCCUUGAAAAAAAAAAAAAAACGAUGCCAGUCCCAUAAGUCAUUGUGCUAUGUAGUGUGUGCAUGUACAUAUAUGUAUAUGUGUGUACAUAUAUGUAUAUAUGUAUAUAUAAUCACAUUGAUAUACAUAAGCUCAUUGACAUAGAAACACAAGUUUACUGAUGCACACAAAUAAGCUCACUGACAGACCAUCUCAAUGGCACACACUGAUAAGCUUACUGGUACACACACACACACACAAAUUUAGUACAGACAAACUCACACGCUCACUACAGAAGAGCUCACCAACACACAGAUUCACUACAGAUAAGCUCACUGACACACAAAUGCUAAUUAGAGACAAGCUCACUGACACACACAUUCUCAUUACACACAAGCCCAUGGUCACAAACAUGCUUACUACAGACAAGCUCACUGCACGCACCAGACAAUCUGCCUGACGCACUCAUGCACCCUACAGACAAGCUCACUGACACACAUACAAGCUCACUCACGAACAGGUACACACACACACACACACUUACUCACUAGCAGACGCACACACAGAGUAGCUCCCUCACUAACAGACGCGCACACAGAGAGGCUCCCUCACUAGCAGGCGCGCACACAGAGAGGCUCCCUCACUAGCAGGCGCGCACACAGAGAGGCUCCCUCACUAGCAGGCGCGCACACAGAGAGCUCCCUCACUAGCAGGCGCGCACACAGAGAGGCUCCCUCACUAGCAGGCGCGCACACAGAGAGGCUCCCUCACUAGCAGGCGCGCACACAGAGAGGCUCCCUCACUAGCAGGCGCGCACACAGAGAGGCUCCCUCACUAGCAGGCGCGCGCACACAGAGGCUCCUUCACUAGCAGGCGCGCGCGCACAGAGAGGCUCCCUCACUAGCAGGCAGGUGCACACACACAAGCUCCCUCACUAGCAGGCAGGCGCACACACACACACACACACACGCGCGCGCGCGCUCCCUCACUAGCAGGCAGGCGCACACACACACACUCCCUCACUCAGCAGGUAUGCACACACGCGCCUCCCCUACUAGCAGGCAGGCUUACACACACACACUCCCUCACUAGCAGGCAGGCUAUACACACACACACACUCCUCACUAGCAGGCAGAAGACAUACACACACACACUCCCUCACUAGCAGGCAUGCCAAAACACACACACACACACACUCCCUCACUAGCAGGCAGGGCAGGCUGCCACACACACACACUCCCUACUCAGUGUGUGUUGGCAGGUACACACACACACACACACACCUCACUAGCAGGCAGGCACACACACACACACACACACUCCCUCACUAGGUGUGCAGGCUGCUGCACACACACACACACACACACACUCCCACAGCAGGCAGGCUACACACACACACACACUCCUCACUCAAGCAGGCGCCAAGACACAGAGAGGCUCUCACAGCAGGUGCCAAGGUGCCUCUACCAGUGUGCUACGAGGAGGCUCCCCAGGCAUGCUGGGCUGCACACAGAGGCUCCUUCACUAGCAGGCGCGCGCGCACAGAGAGGCUCCCUCACUAGCAAGCAGGCGCACACACACAAGCUCCCUCACUAGCAGGCAGGCGCACACACACACACACACGCGCGCGCUCCCUCACUAGCAGGCAGGUGCGCACACACACACUCCCUCACUAGCAGGCAGGCGCGCACACACACACACACUCCCUCACUAGCAGGCAGGCACACACACUCCCUCACUAGCAGGCGGGGGCACACACACACUCCCUCACUAGCAGGCAGGGGCACACACACACACUCACUCACUAGCAGGUAGGGGCACACACACACUCCCUCCACUAGCAGGCAGGUGCACACACACAAACUCCUUCACUAGCAGGCAGGCGCACACACACACACACACACACACACAAACACCCUCACUAGCAGGCAGGCGCGCACACACAAACUCCCUCACUACCUUGCAGGCGCACACACCACACACGCAAACUCCCUCACUAGCAGGCACACACACAAAGCUUACCUGGCACUUGUAGGUGAAGGUGUCAUUGUCUGGCCUCUUCAUUCCAGCUAGGUCAGCAGCUUCCGUGUGGGGGGAGGGCUUGUGUUCAGGAGGUGGGCUUAAAGGCGGGGCAUGCGGCCUGAAUUGCUGUAAAUUUUGAAGGAUGACUGACAGGUUUCCCUCUGGCUGACAGCCCCCUAAUUGCGGCCGCACCAGCCCCUACCUCCUCCCUCUUUACUCCCCCCAGACUGAUACAGGCUGUCUUAGUCCCAGGGGAAAAUCAUUUAAAAUUUAAAUGAAAGACUAAUUUAGGGCUGUCUGAUCAGUCCCAGCCCCCAGGUGCCGCGGCCCACCAGGAAAUUUCCCGCUAUCCCGUUGGGGCCAGUCCAGCCCUGGCUAGAUGUAUACAUUAAAAUCUUAAUGAUCUUAAUUGAUCUCUGUAUCUUCUUGGCUUGUGUAAUGUGUGGACAUAAUUGUCUGCUCUUUAAAUGCUUUUUUUUUUUUCCCAUGUGCAAAACUUAUAUUUAGUUCUUUACUUUUACAUAAUUGAAGAGGGACCAACAUCUUAUGCUUUGUAUGCUCAUAUAUUUUCUUUACAUAAAUCUGUUUGGAAAUAAUGCCUUCAACAUAUUAACUAACGUUGGUAAGGUUAGCUAUCAGGUCAUCAGGUGGUAAUUAGAGGUUUAUUUUUUUUCCUGGCUUUCUUUGAAUUCGAAAGUAGGCAAAAUAGACCGCCCCAGACACAAUGUAUAAAACAAAGUGUCUAAGAGUCCAUAUGCCCACAAUGUAACCACAGAUGAAAUACAAAUCAAUAAAUUAAUACAGAAAAUACCUUUUCUCGGUGUGGGCCUCUCUAAGAGUGAGAGUGUUUUGAAUAUUGUGGACUUUCUACGAUCCCUGUUGGGGGUUUGCUUUCCUACACCACGGGCUUUUUUGCAACGGUUAACUCCCCCGGGGGGGGGGGGUCUGCUGUCCGCAACUAUUCAUCGCUUUAUUGAUUUCAUCACACCCUCUCAAGGCUUGUAUCAUUAUUUUUUACUUGUACCUCAGUGGGGGCCCACACCGAGAAAAGGUAUUUUCUGUAUUAAUUUAUUGAUUUGUAUUUCAUCUGUGGUUACAUUGUGGGCACAUGGACUCUUAGACACUUUGUUUUAUACAUUGUGUCUGGGGCGCUCUAUUUUGCCUACUUUUGUGUCCAUAUUUGUAUGGUUAUAUUUGCCUUUUCUAGGAUCUCUUUCUGUCAUACAGCAUUAGGUUAGGGUGGUCAUGAUUUUAUUUUUUAUUUAUUUUUACAUAUAAGUUUUAUUUUAUAUUAAUAAAGUAAAUGUAUAUUUGCAUCUCAUAGAUACUCUUUAUUUUUAUUUUUAUUACAUUGACGAGCGCACAUACUUUUUUGAUCUUUGAGCUUACACUCAGUUUUAGUCACUUGUGGAUGUAUGUAGCUGCUCAUAUUUUUAUUUUAUGUUAUACAUUACACCUUUUUCCUCAGUUUUUUAUAUUGUCUUCUUUGAAUUCCAUCACAAUACUUGUUGAGAAGAACAUGUCAUCAGCCAAUCAGAAUGUGUGAAUGUUUAAUAAUUCUAUUGUUCCUGCUGUGAAGGAAAGAGGAGAGAGCUCUUUGAACAGUUAUGAUGAUGUAUUGUAACUAGGCCCAAUAAUGGCUAACUUUUAAUAUAAACAAUGUUUCUUUGUGCACUACUCAAGCUUUAGUCAGUGUAAAAUGUUAUAUGAUGAUGUAAACAUAGUUUCUGAAGACUGUCAUAUUAAUAAAAGUUACUAUUUUUCUCAUUCAAGGAUCCAAAAGAUCCCCCGCUUACUUGUUGCAGCAGCUGAUGGCUACCUUUACAUCUACAAUGUGGACCCACAAGAAGGUGGAGAAUGCACCUUAAUGAAGCAGCAUAAGUAAGACAUAUAGGCAAGGCUUAGAAUGUGCUAUAGUUUAUCUGAUUUUUUUUAAAUUUAUUUUUUACACUGGAUUUAAAGUGACACUAUAGGCACCCAGACCACUUCAUCUCUUUAAAGUGGUCUGGAUGAAGUGCCCCUGUCCCCUUCAGAGAAACUGUAAUAUUUACAUUGCAAUGUCAAGGCACUUCCUGCAUUUUCAUGUUGUUUAACUCCAUUUAAAGCGGUACUGUCAUGCCGAACUUACCUUUCUUUAAUCGAUUCCUCUUCUCUUCCUCUGUCAGGAUCUGUUCUUUAUUUCUUCCUGUCUGCUCUAGUUUUCUUUAAAACAUAAGACAAAGUAGGGACUACUUUGUCUUAUGGAGGUUUCCUACACUUGACCAGCGGAGGAAGGAGCAAAGUGUGCUUCGUUUCCGGUGAUCAAAGCAAUUUUUCUACAAUUCUCACCUUUGAUCCGUGAUCUCACGAUGCUUCUUGUCAGUAUUCCCGAACGUCCUGUCACUUAGACAGAACGCCAGCGAAACUACCAAAUUUCGUCUUAACAGAAUGAGAAUAGUUUCUCCAUUUGUGUUAGGACGCAAUUCGGACUAUUCUAAUGAAUGAAACUCUGAUCCUAGUCGUGCAUCUUGCAGCCGCUUAGUAGAUAACUCCCUAAUUCCCACGGUAUCAGUGUGUUAUCUACCAAAAGGCUGAAAGACCUCAAUUGGCCUUUCAGACAAAUUUACUAAUACUAAGUAAAGAUUACUUAGUGUUAGUAAAUUCUGCCCCUACUCGCUAUGCCUCAAGUAGGGGCAUGUCUACUAAACAGUGAGCAGCUUUAGACCAAUUUAGGUCUUUCAGCCUUUUAGUAGAUAGCUCCCUGAUACCGUGUAUCGGAGUUUCAUUCGUUAGAAUAAAAUUCUGAUCUGGACAAAGUCCUGAAUUGCAUCCUAACACGAAUGGAGAAACUGUUCUCAUUCUGUUUAAGUUCGGGAAUGCUGACAGGAAGCAUCGCGAGAUCAUGGAUCAAACGUGAGAAUUGUGGGGAAAUUGCUUUGGUCUCCAGAAACGAAGCACACUUUGCUUCUCCGCUGGUCAAGCGUAGGAAACCUCCAUAAGACAAAUAGUCCCUACUUUGUCUUAUGUUUUAAAGAAAACUAGAGCGGACAGAAAGAAAUGAACAGAUCCUGACAGAGGGAGAGAAGAGGAAUUGAUUUAAAGAAAAGUAAAUUCGGUAUGACAGUGCUGCUUUAAAAAUGUCAUAAACAUUUACAUGCAGAUGUGUCCAGCGUCUUCAAAAUCUCCAUAGGAAAGCAUUUAUCACGGCUUUCCUACAGGAAGUCUAAAGUGUAUGGGGAGCUCACUGUGCAUGUGCAUUAGGUUUCCACAUUGGUGUGAUGUCACUGGAGGAGUAGUUCCAACCCACCACUUGGACCUGGUGCACUAGAAAAUGGUGCAUUUAAAAGAAGAAAAUAAAAAUAUAUUUUUAUUUUCUAGCAUUAGGAAUACAGUUUGGUAUUCCAAACGCUAUAGUGUUCCUUCAAUGUGCUGAGAUUACUGCCACGUCUACCCAAAAACCUUAUUCCAGUGCUGGUAAAGUCUCCUCACUGCAAACAGAUCUGCUCUCACUAAAAUAUCUAUGAUGACUUCUGUUGAAAGAUAGGGACAAAGGACGCAUGCUCAGCCUUUGCUGAGAUUUGCUCACUUUUGCUUUGAACUACUGUACUGUUAAAAAAGAGUGAGACAUUAAUCCAGACAACCAGGAGGUAGACGUUAAGGGGGUUUUAUGAACGUGUUAAUUCUAAAAGCACAGUAACAAGCUUUAGGAAGAUUGGAGUGUCUCUUUACCUUGGAUGUUUACUACUUUUUACAGUCACUUGUUGGACAGCAAAAUCUCUUUGGCUAACUCAUAGUCACUAUACUUGGAUGAAUUUUUCCACCAAUUUAAGCAUACUAAGUGGUUUUAAAUGGUUAGUCAUUGCACCAUAACAGGUGGAGGAUCCUAGCUACAGGUAGAGAGAAGGCCCUAAAAAUAGGGUUAUACUAUAGUAAUAGUUCGGGUUUAUUUUAUUCUUGUAGUACAGAAUAUCUUAAGCUAAUUAAAAAAAAAAAAUUAUUCUUGUAAAACAGAAUAUCUUAAGCUAUUGAACAGACAAGCAGUCAAUCUAACUUAUCAAUUCUAACAUCAAAUUACCACUGAUGACUUUUUAGGUGUAAAAGCACUUGAUUAACAACAGCUUUAAUUGUCUUUAGUCCUGCUCCGUGUCUGAACAAUAAGAUUGCAAGGAUUGAAUUACUGUUUUAAUUCAUGAUUUUUCUUUUUAAGUUGAUAGCUUUAUAUUUUCUUUCUUAAAAAAAAACAAAAAAAAACUGUUCUGUGCUCUAUUGUUCAUAAUGCCUUUAAUGUGUGACAUUUAAAAAGAACCAUGAAAUUAUUUGGUGAAAAGUAGUUGAUGAAUCCCAUUUCCUUAUUCACAGAUGCCUUGACUGUAAUACAAUCUACGUCAAAUUGCAUUAUUCAAAACAGACUGAUUUGGUGUAGGGACACAGAGGUCCAUAUGAGCCUUAUUAUCUGGUUUGUGUUUUCACAUUGUCCGUGUUUUGCUUUAAGGUUGGAUGGCAGCAUGGAACCUGGCAGUGAGAUUUUAGAGUCUGCAUCACAUGACAGGCCCCUAGUGACACAAGCGUAUAAUGCUUCAUCUCCAACACGACAUGGUAAGUACGGCUCUUCUGAAUCCUGCAUUUGCAUAAGUUUGGGAAUUGUUUGCAUGGAGCGGUCUGCGCAAAACAUUAUUUCCAUCUUCUUUCUCUUGCUUAUAUUUAUUUACAUAGUCAACAAUGUUUUUUACUUUGCUGGUCUAAAUAUGGAUUGGAUAUUAAGUGUAAUAUGGCGCCAUAUACUCAACUGCAGAACAAGUCAAAUUGAAACAUUGAAACAUUUCCUUAUUUAGUGUUAAACUGCUUGAAAAUUGUUUAACACUAAAUGGAGGGGCAGCAUCAAAGGACUCCAGAAACUAUAAUCAAUUUAAUGAGAUAAAAUGGUUACAGUGUCCCUUUAACCCUUUCCAUAUAAAAACCCAGUCUGCUUCCUAGCCGCUUGCAGCGACCCUGGAACGCUUCAGCCCCAGUCACCUUGGGUCUCUCCAGUGCUCUUCUAAACGACCAGGCUGCAGCUCUCCUUCGAAGCAGUUAUCGUUCUCUCUGCAGCUUUUCUUCCAGGCUCUGCUUACAGUGAUUGCCAUUACCUUUACAAAGGCACUUGCAGCUCUCAGGCCUAGCUCUUGUGAUUUAUCUCAGGGCUAGAUGGAUCAUGCAACCAGCCAACAGGUCAGAAGACUCUGUCACUGGGAUCCCUAAAAAUCCACACAGGACACCAUUCUAAAAGGGACUAACAUACAAUACUUUUUUACUUGGGACUAGCCUAUGUGAUUAUUACAUUUAGAUUGCUGUGACAAACUUAAUACAAUUAAAAUAACCAAAACAUGUCACAAAAUAUACAGGAAUAUAUACUAGUAUAACAUAUUUAUAAAGGGAUGCGGAAGACAAUAACCAGCACAAAAUAUCUUUCUUUUUGCAGAAUUAUCAAUAUGAAAAUCUACAUGAAUAUGCAAAUUAACCAGCCUUGCUAUUCAGGUAGUCAUAUUGCUGUUGCUACCAACAGAGGGCGCUACACAGGCUCCAUAGCCAAAUCCACCUGGUUGGUAGCAAUCCUCAGCAGGACAGGAGAGCAGACAAAAGAUAUAGCAACAAUAUACACCAUGCACCUAUAAUGUGUAUAGGGUGACUUAGACAUAGGCGUAGUCCAACGUCCUACAUAAAGUGUCUGUAUGAAACUCCAGGUGAUGGUGACUACCAUAUAUAAAUGUAUUUCGCCCAAUCUCUGGCAGACAUUUAAAGAUAGUCCUGUGAAUUCAUAGAUUAUAGAGUAAACACGAUAGCAUGGAAAAAAAAUGUUGCUUUCAGUGUCGUUGCUGAGUUGUUCCUUCGGCUUUCCCUUAAUAAAUCCAAUAUCUAGCCUACUUUUCCUGUCAAACCAUUUAAGAACAGUUCUGCAUUUCCCUGGUAUAGUAAAGCAGAGGUCAAUACUUCAGCAUAAGAAGGUUGGGAUAUUUGCUGUUUGGCCGAGAGCUGUCAGCUGAUGAUUUCAGUCUAUGAAUAAUGUCCCAACUUGGUGUGAGUUGGUAUGAUAAUGCAGUGGUAUGAACUUCUGCUUUUGAAAAACAGAGACCGGUAUGUGCCCACCCAUACUUAAAUGGUUUGACCUCACCAACUCCUGGCACUGUAGUUGUUAUGGUGCUUAGUGUAUAAAAUGGAUACAAAUUUGACUUAUUGGGAUGUAAAAUAGUUUGGAACAGGACUAUGUACAAGGACACCGUAAGAACUGGCCUUUUUUCACCAUGACCAAUUCAAUGAGCAAAGAUUGUUUUUUUGUGUGUGUGGUACCCUUUUUAAUAGUUGGCAGGUUGCAGCAAAGUUAAGCUUUUUUUUUUGUUUGUUUGUUUUAUUUUAUUUUUUUUGUAGAGGAACUGUUUGAAUGGAAUUCAGCAACAUUUUCUCCACACAGGUUAUUCUGAAGAUAUGGGAGCAGUGGGAGGAUUCAGCUUGGAAAAUGAAACUUGUGCUCUCCGGCUAGAUGAAGACAGUGAAAAUCCGCCCAUGAUCCUACAGACUGAGUGAGCGCUUUAUCUCAAGAUUUGGAACUACAGUAUGAACUCUAAUGAAAUUUCCAGCGUUACAGACUUUAAGAGAGAUUAAAGUUUCAGAGACAAUGUAUGAUAUGUUUUGCAGACUAGUUAGUUACUUUCUAAUAGUGUGUGUCUGGGGAAAGUGUAUGUAUGCCUAUGUGUAUUUGCUUACACACGUGUGUGUGUGUUCACACACGGUAAUGUGCACAUCUUAUUACACUGAAAUGAACAAUUACGCACUGUUUAUUAUGGAAGUAAAUCAAUCAAAAGUAACAAAGUAUUUGUUUUUAAUUUUAAAAACAAAAUCAGCAUUUUAUGUGGCCUUCCAGAGAAUUAAAAAGUUACUUUUUAUAUUUUCUCCUUUUCUCACUUUACCUGUUUUUUUUGUUCUUUUUGGAUGUCCAAAUAAUACCGCACAGCUUCAGUAAUGCUAAGAAACUCAAAGAUAGGCAAGAUGAAUUGACUGCCUAUAUACUUACACCCCACGUAGCUCUUAUUUUACACAUGCUGAAAGUUUUGGGUCGUUAUCAUGCUGGAAGAAACAGAACUCUUUUUGCAAUUGUGUUUUUUUUUAUUAUUAUCUUCUUGAAGAAAUUGUAUGGUAGAUAAAAAAAAAAAAAUGUUAAUUUUUUAUUUUUUUGCAUCAUUAGUCAUUCUCUAUACGUUAUUUACGAAAAUUCUUCACAGACCACGAGAGAGCUGCUAUCAUGCAUCAUGUACAGUUGCAAACUGGCACUAAUGUGAUUCUUCCCAGAUCUGACAUAUUGAUGUCUUUUAGGAACCAAAGCAUUGCUCAUGCCUUUUCCGCCAGUGGCUAUGCUCCAUGCUUUAUGGUGUUUUUGUCUACUGUCAUUUCUUCUGCUUUGUUGCCUUUUGUUAAUUGUAUGUGCAAGAAUAGUUCUGCUUGUGAUCAAGAUGUUUAAUUUGUUGUCACAUGUCUUUGUAGGUAUCAUGCACAAAGAACUGAUUAUCAGAUACACACAGUUUUCCCGCUGUCUAUUCUGCCUUCAGUUUGUUGAUUUAAACGCUUAAAAUGGCACUAGUUCCACAAAGGUGACAUCCCUGCUCGGGGUGCUGGCUGAAGGGUAAGCAGAGAAGCAGUUGUAAACUAUAUUUACCUGAAGCUGUCCCUCGUGGGCACCAUUAUUUUGUUUCCUCCGCUCCUGGUGCUUCACCAGAGAAACUAUAGUACAGCAAUAUGGUCUCUGGAGGCUUGCAGAAUCUUCUAUAGACCAGAUCACACAAUGUGCAAGAAGAUUCUUAACUUGGCAAAACGUGAUGAAUGAAGCUCUGCUUUUUGUCAGGUUUUGUCAACUUCAUAUCUUUUGGCUGUGUUGGAAAAUUUUAAAUGACUGUCAUCUACUGGAAACUAGGGAUUCUUUGUAUGCUUACAUCCCAUGCACUAUAUCUGUAUCACAAUUUGCAAACCAACCCAGCCAAUUAAAUAUGUGGAUUAUUCACAAGCUGAAUCAAUCAUGCUGGUGGAUAGAACAAAUGUAGUACAUGGAAUGACUUGUUUUUUGUUUUGUUUUUUUCUUUUUCUAAUUAAAAAAGUACUUAGUGCCCAGUUUGAUGGAUUUAUUCCUAAUUUUCAUGUGUGACCUAAGACUUUAGUGCACAGUACUGUGUGUGUAUUUGUACAUAUUGUGUGCGUGUGUGUUUAUAAUAUAUAUGGAUAUAUAUGCACAUGUUUCUGUGUGUGCAGUUUCCCUUCUGUGGCUUUAAAAUUGUAACAAUUUUAAAUGUAGUGUUUUUGUUUUCAUUAUGUUUUUGUUUUGUUUUGUUCUUUGUUUUCUUGGGUUGUUUUUUUUAUUUUUGUUUUUGCCAAAUUGUGCUUUGACCUCCCACCUUGCAUGUGCCAAGCAAGCCUAGGAAAAGUAGAUUCUGGUAAUCUAUCCUGACUUUGGAUUCUUUCUCUUACAUUCUGUGUAAUGUACCUGUGGGUGGGAAGGAAAUGAAAUAUAUACAUAUAAUUUUUUAAGAGCUAUAAAGAUAAGACAGGAAAAGUUAGAGUGCUUUUGACUAUUUCACUCUAAGUGUAAGGGCCUUAAUGUGACUUGUACCUAAUGCUUCAACUUCCAAUUAUUUCCUUUUCUGCUGGACCAUUUACCUAAAUAAAAAAACAAAACAUUCUGACUGACAGUUGGGUUUUGUACUUCUAUUUUAUUGAGUAUAUAGCACACUUUACAUUCUUAAAUGAUACAUUGGGGUAAAAAAAUAAACCCUUAUUGUUUAAGCUAUUAUAACGAUAUGUUAAAAAUAUAAAGCAAACAAAAAAGUUACAUUCAACGUUACAUAGGCUGAAAAGAGCAGUGUUAAACUUUUCUUACAUUUGUUUUGCUGUUUCUCAAAAGAAGGCAAAAAAAACAGUUUGAAGCGCUUUCCAAUUUACCUACUACAUCAUACCUGAGUUUAUCUAAUCUCUCUCCUAUUUUGUAAGCGUGCUCUAUGAACUCUUUUUUUGUUUUUAACUUUUCACAAUCUUUUUUAAUCUGGGCGAUUUCAUCAAGUUUCCUCAGGGUGAGCUGCCUCCGUUUGAUAUUGAAUGCCAUGGUUCGGGUGGAGAGAGUAUGUGGACCAUAUAUUACAACCAUUGGUUCAACAACGUCCAUCUUAUUUGAGGGACACUACUAGUAUACUCCAAGCCUUAAAUGAGAGAAAAUGGCAGGAGUGUUUUAUAUUCGUAUUUUUUGGAAACAUCAUCUUCAUACCUUUGCGGCCAAUAAGAAUUUGUCUUGGAGUCUAUUCAAUUUAUUCUGGAGAACUACUUCUGGUUUCAAGGGGAUUUUUAUCUCCAGAAAUGUGGCACAACAAUGGGCACCAAGAUUGCCCCUAGCGAUGCUAACCUUUUAUGGCUUAUUGGGAGUCACUGUAUAUGAGUGAAGCAAGUGGCUGGGGUGUAGACUUCGUGCUGUAUAAAAUAUAUAUUGACGAUUAUAAUCUGGAAAGGUGGAGAAGGUCUUUUAAAAUUAUUUAUUGAAUAUAUUAAAGCCAAUAAUUGGGGUAUAAAAUUAACUUUUUGCUAUAGUAGAAAAGAAAUUAACUUUCUGGAUUUUACCAUCUAUAUAGAGGACGAUAUGAUUAAAACAAACAUUUUUUUAUUUAUUUUUUAAAGUCCGUUGACGUCAAUAGUUAUAUACAAGCUACAACUACAGCCCAUGGCUAAACAGCAUACCUAAGAGUCAGUUAAUGAGACUCAAAAGAAACUGCACGGAUGACAGGGUUUUUAUACAACAGAGCAGAAAAGUGAUCCAAUAUUUUAAAGAUAAAGGUCAUAAUGAAGACAUUUUAAUAACUGCUACUAAAGAAACAAGCAUUAGAUUGAAUACAGUUGCUAAAAUAUAAAAAUAGAAACCACACAGAAUAUAACGGAAUACCCUUUGUCAGUUUUCUGGAGGUCACAAUAAUAACGUAAGGGGGAGGAAUAAACCAUUUUUGCCACCUACUAUUAAAUGAAUCUAUCCUGAAAGGCAUUCUACCAUCAAAACCGAGGAUAGUGCAUAAGGGGGUACCCAAUUUAAAAAGAAUUAUGACCGUUAACAUUUUAGAGGCUCCCAAGGACAUUAUUAAAAAAAAAUUAUUGAGUUCAUAUGAAGGGGGCGGGGGAGGGAGAAUGUGUUUAAGAAUUUACAACUAAUAAUAAAACCUAUACUAUGAUAGAUGGUAUGACCUUCAGUUCUCGGAAUACAUGCUCACAUGUCUGUGUGGGCUAAAAUAUAUAGGCCACACCACUAGGUUGCUAUGCAUGAGAAUAUGUGAGCAUGUGUACAACAUAAAGAUAACAUUUGCAAAACCUCAAGUGUCACUUUAUUUCUUUAUUUUAGAGACCACCAUAAUGUUGAUUUCACGUUUGUUUUUUGUUUUUUUAGAUUAAAGGUAACUAAAAGGUGGUGAUUUUAAUCAAAAACUAGGACAGGCAGAGAUGAAAUGGAUAUUUGUUUUAAACACUUUGGUACCAAUUGGAUUAAAUAAUGACUUUUUUUAAAAUGAACAUCUUUGCAGCCCCGCUUCGUACAUGUACAUGCUUCGUGUUAAAGUAGAGUAGGCACCUGCUUUCUCCACAUUGCAGGUGCCUACUCUGCUAAAAUUUACCGGGCCAUGACUCGAAGAGGUCGCUGGAAGAGCUCAGUCUUCCUGCUCCUUCGCGUGCACCGUCUGUAGUGAUGACAGGUGCCGGAAUAUGACAUCAUAUUCCAGCACCCGGCAUCACUAAAUUGUGCGCGAGGGAGCAGUGAAGAGCAGGAAGGAGAUCUCCAGAUACAAGAUCCCCACUGGACCCCAGGGAGAGGCCCCACACCAUCUCCCAAAGGUAGGGAGCAAUAAAGAAAAUUAUGUGAGUGUCUGCAAGAAUGUGUAAGUGUUUGUGUGUCGGUUAGUGUUGGAUGGUGCCAUUUGGGGUAUUCCAGAGUCGCAUAAUGGCAGCGGCAAUGUGAGUGGAGUCUGCUUGUUGGCUAGAGGGGGUGCUGUUUUUUUUUGUUGUACUUUUCAAAAUAAAUUUUCAUAGUUAUUUUCACACUUUUUAAUAUAUAUUUUUUUUCAUGAAAUAGGAUUUUUUGGUUUAUUAUUUUUUAUCUAUUACUGGUGGUAUCCAUUCAUCUAUACUGCCUGCCCUGGUAUAUAUCUUUUUUGAUAGCCACAUUUUCAGGGUUAUAUUUCUAUUAUGUGAAAUUUAUUCACUUUUCUCUUUUUAAAAACCAAGCUGGUUUAAUAUUUUGUAUGUUGGAUAUGACUUUAAAGAUGCAUAUGCAUUAAUAUAAGAACAUAGGCUGAGAUAUGUCCAAUUUUAUAUAAUCUCUCUCAUUAUGUCUAAUAAAGUUGCAUAUUAUAUUGCUGUUUUCUGUAAAAUUAUAAAUUAUUUUGUAUAAAUUAAGUGCAAGGAUUAAUUUAUAUUGCUAAAAGCUAUUUGUGACCGCUGACUAAAUACAAUCACAUCGCAAUAUGUAAAUAAUGGAUUUGAUGUUAUCAGGGCGAUCAGAAUAGGACUGAAUGUGCCCUUAAAUAACCUUCUACCAGAUGGAGAAGGAAGCAUUACGUCCUGAGGAAGCCGAAAGCAACCAGUGAAACGCAUAGAUGAUGUCACACUCAUGGCACGUGGAGGGGCAGAGACUCCAGAGCUUACACUGUAGGUGGCGAGUGUGAAAACGGGAGAACUGACUUGCCACAUUACGGCCUGCACAGAGAUUUCAAGCUACCAGUCACAGCCCUAUCGCAUGGAUUUUUAGAGUUACAAAGCCUGGCAGUGAGUAGCGUUAUACACCAUACUUACUCACAAGAGACAUUGUGUUUGAUGUUUU